AUGCUGUCCUUCUCCGGUGCCAGCUUCCUCCUAUAUCAGCUCCCUUCUUUGCCCUUCACCUUUCAUGCCAACCCCCCUUCUAUGUCAUUUCUCCCCUUCUGUGCCAUUCACCUCUCAUGCCAGCACCCUUCCCUUGCCAUUCACAUCUUGUGCCAUUCCCCUCCUGUACCAGCCCCUUCUGUGUCAUUUAUCUCAUGUGCCAUUCCUCUAUCAUGCCAUUCCCCUCCUGUGCCAUUCCCCUCCUCUACCUGUCCCCUAUUGUGCCAUUCCCCUCCUCUACCUGUCCCCUAUUGUGCCAUUCACCUCCCCUUCUUGUGUUAUUCACCUCCUGUGCCAUUCCCAUUUCGUGCCAUUUACCUCUUCUACCUGUCCCCUAUUGUGCCAUUCACCUCCUCUACCAUCCCCUUCUUGUGUUAUUCACCUCCUGUGCCAUUCCCAUUUCGUGCCAUUUACCGCCUGUACCAUUCCUCUCCCGUGCCAUUCACCUCUUGUGCCAUUCCCCUUUUCUACCAGCCCCUUCCUGUGCCAUACACAUCUCGUACCAGCCCCCUACCGUGCCAUUCCCCUCCUACAAUGCCAUUUCUUUUCUAUUGUUUCUUUAGAUAUUCUUCAAUGUGUUUCCUUCUUUUAACAGGUCAGUUUCUGCUCUGAGUGCCAGUGCGUUAUCCUCUGUCCAGAUACAUGCCAUCCUGCCCUAUUCCAAGGGUUUCCUGUGCUCGGCUGGACCAGGCAAGGUUUGCAUGUUUGAGAAGGUGGAAGACAAAGAACUUUACAAAAGGAGCCACGAUAUCAGAGUGAGUCGAUUUCCUGGGGUGGAUGGGGCAGUACGUGGCGUGGAGAGAUUUUUUAUCAUAUUUCUUGUUGGCAGAUUCCGCAGGACGAGCACAGCAGUGAUCCCAGCCAGUCGGAGCUGCAGGAGGUGCUGCACAUGUGUCUGAGCCCCUCGGAGGAGACAGUGCUGGUUAGUACCAGUAAGAGUCAAAUUUACACCAUCGCCCUGUCCUCAGCUGAAAUCGGGAAGGUGAGUUUGUCAGUUCAUUUAUCUUCUGGAAUCCACUAUCUCUCCAGUUUGUCCUUCUUUGUUCCUUUUUUUAUGCUAUCCUGUCCCUGAAACAUACCUCCCAAAUGUCCUUAUUUAAGAGUAACAGUCCCUAUUUUGGACCCAAAUUCCUCUGUCCCUCUUUUCUCUCAUAAUGUCCCUCUUCUCUUGCAGCUCCAUAUUGUUGGUCUGUCUGAGUGUACAGCAAAUCUCCACAGCAAUAAUACUCCCAUUAAUGUGUCUGAGUGUAUAACAGAGCUCCACUGCAAUAAUACUCCCAGUAAUGUGUCUGAGUGUAUAACAGAGCUCCACAGCAAUAAUACUCCCAGUAAUGUGUCUGAGUGUAUAACAGAGCUCCACAGCAAUAAUACUCCCAGUAAUGUGUAUGAGUGUAUAACAGAGCUCCACAGCAAUAAUACUCCCAGUAAUGUGUAUGAGUGUAUAACAGAGCUCCACAGCAAUAAUACUCCCAGUAAUGUGUCUGAGGGUAUAACAGAGCUCCACAGCUAUAAUACUCCCAGUAAUGUGUCUGAGUGUAUAACAGAGCUCCACAGCAAUAAUACUCUCAGUAAUGUGUCUGAGUGUAUAACAGAGCUCCACAGCAAUAAUACUCCCAUUAAUGUGUCUGAGUGUAUAACAGAGCUCCACAACAAUAAAUCUCCCAGUAAUGUGUCUGAGUGUAUAACAGAGCUCCACAGCAAUAAUACUCCCAGUAAUGUGUCUGAGUGUAUAACAGAGCUCCACAGCAAUACUACUCCCAGUAGUGUGUCUGAGUGUAUAACAGAGCUCCACAGCAAUAAUACUCCCAGUAGUGUGUCUGAGUGUAUAACAGAGCUCCACAGCAAUACUACUCCCAGUAGUGUGUCUGAGUGUAUAACAGAGCUCCACAGCAAUAAUAUUCCCAGUAAUGUGUCUGAGUGUAUAACAGAGCUCCACAGCAAUAAUACUCCCAGUAAUGUGUCUGAGUGUAUAACAGAGCUCCACAGCAAUAAUACUCCCAAUGAUGUGUCUGAGUGUAUAAAAGAGCUCAGCAAUAAUACUCCCAGUAAUGUGUCUGAGUGUAUAACAGAGCUCCACAGCUUCAAUAAUACUCCCAAUGUGUGUGUGUAGUGUAUAACAGGCUCCAUUGUAUACUCCCAGUAAUGUGUCUGAGUGUAUAACAGGCUCCACAACCAAUAUGCUCAAUGUGUGUCUGAGUGUCUAACAGAGCCCCACAGCAAUAAUACUCCCAGUAAUGUGUCUGAGUGUAUAACAGAGCUCCACAGCAAUAAUACUCCCAGUAAUGUGUCUGAGUGUAUAACAGGGCUCCACAGUAAUAAUACUCCCAGUAAUGUGUCUGAGUGUAUAACAGAGCUCCACAGUAAUAAUACUCCCAGUAAUGUGUCUGACUGUAUAACAGAGCUCCACAGCAAUAAUACUCCCAGUAAUGUGUCUGAGUGUAUAAAAGGGGCUCCACAGCAAUAAUACUCCCAGUAAUGUGUCUGAGUGUAUAACAGAGCUCCACAACAAUAAUACUCCCAGUAAUGUGUCUGAGUGUAUAAAGAGCUCCCACAGCAAUAAUACUCACAGUAAUGUGUCUGAGUGUAUAACAGAGCUCCACCCUUAAUAAUACUUCCAGUGAUGUGUCUGAGUGUAUAACAGAGCUCCACAGAAAUAAUACUCCCAGUGAUGUGUCUGAGUGUAUAACAGAGCUCCUCAGCAAUAAUACUCCCAGUAAUGUGUCUGAGUGUAUAACAGAGCUCCACGGAAAUAAUACUCCCAGUGAUGUGUCUGAGUGUAUAACAGAGCUCCACAGCAAUAAUACUCCCAGUAAUGUGUCUGAGUGUAUAACAGAGCUCCACAGCAAUAAUACUCCCAGUAAUGUGUCUGCGUGUAUAACAGAGCUCCACAGCAAUAACACUCCCAGUAAUGUGUCUGAGUGUAUAACAGAGCUCCACAGCAAUAACACUCCCAGUAAUGUGUCUGAGGGUAUAACAGAGCUCCACAGCAAUAAUACUCCCAGUAAUGUGUCUGAGUGUAUAACAGGGCUCCACAGCAAUAAUACUCCCAGUAAUGUGACUGAGUGUAUAACAGAGCUCCACAGCAAUAAUACUCCCAGUAAUGUGUCUGAGUGUAUAACAGAGCUCCACAGUCAUAAUACUCCCAGUAAUGUGUCAGUGUAUAACAGAGCUCCACACUAAUAAUACUCCCAGUAAUGUGUCAGUGUAUAACAGAGCUCCACAGCAAUAGUACUCCCAGUAAUGUGUCUGAGUGUAUAACGGAGCUCCACAGCAAUAAUACUCCCAGUAAUGUGUCUGAGUGUAUAACAGAGCUCCACAGCAAUAAUACUCCCAGUAAUGUCUGAGUGUAUAACAGAGCUCCAAUUAACAACGAAACAGCUGUCCAUGAGUGGUUCACUGGUUUUGCAUCUUAUCCUAAGUUGUAUUCCAAGCAGUUGUAUACUGCAAACACAAAUUAAAAGGAAUCCAUGUUUAAAAUGGAAUGAGGCAAAAAUGUGAUUCUUUGUUAAACUAAUUUGCAUAUGCCCACCCAGAGUCCUUUGCGGUUGUAACAUCACUGCUGAUUUGGGAUUUCUGUGGGAAAAGCAAGUCUUAUGGCUUGACUGGUGUGCAGAUUUUUGUUUAGCAUUGUAUUAACUAUCCACAUAAUUCAGGUGGAAGGGGUUUUCAAUCACAAUUUUUCCCCACCAUAACCUAAUUAUAUAUAUAUAUAUAUAUAUAUAUAUAUAUAUAUAUAUAUAUAUAUAAUUUAAAAAUUGUCCUUUUUUAUUUAUAAUUUUCUCCUUGCUAUUUUUAUUUUUAAUAAACGUUUUUCCAAUUUUUUUUUUCCUCUCGUUGUUUAUAUUGCCCUUCUUGUGGGUGAUGUUGCUGCUGAGCUAAUUAGGGGGAGUGCCCCUUAAUUUCCAACUGUGUGGGAUUUGUAUUGCCAAUAUCAACUCACUACUGACUCAAAGAGCUUGCUCACUGGAGUUUGCUUGAUAACAGAGCUCCACAGCAAUAAUACUCCCAGUAAUGUGUCUGAGUGUAUAACAGAGCUCCACAGCAAUAAUACAUGCUUCCCAAUAGUACAGAUAUUGGCGGACAGUUUUGAUUUGUGGGUUCUGUCCCACCUUCCCGCGUUGGUUCCCUGCAGCCCCGCUUUUAGGGACACCAGGGAACUGUCCCUAAAUCGUAGCUUGAGUGCCGGACCUUAAGUUCCGGCACAAGGACCCUGCAGGGAGCACUGAAACAGUACUGAUAACAGGGCCAGCCCUCAGUGAAUCUGCUAAAAUGAUUGUCAGGCAGUGUGGGUGCCAUUUCAUGUCUGUUCACCUCCUUUUGGGUGAGUGACAUGAUCCCCUUUACCCCCUCUCACCGGUGUCCUGAUUCUGCCGAGGUUGGGAGGUAUGAUUAUACUCCCAGUAAUGUCUGUAAACUGCACUAAAUGUGUUUAGAAAUCAGUGUAAAUAACUAAGAUACAUUGCUCUUCUAAAUUACAUUUUCUUAUUAUUACAAUUAUUAUAACUAAAUCACCUAAAUCUCUCAGAACAGUCCCGCCCCUGGCCCCUGGCCACACUCCCACUAACACCCCUGAAAUUACAGGGGGUAUGCAGAUAAAUGCCUGAUAAAGGCCCAAUUUGCAAUUUUGCUGCAAUAGAAUGUAAUAUGUAGCCUCUCCUCCUUCUUACUGAUUGUCUAUUGUAAUAUUAAACCCCUCCCCUUCUCAGUUGUUACUUAUUGUAAUAUUAAACCCCUCCCCUUCUCACUUGUUACUUAUUGUAAUAUUAAACCCCUCCCCUUCUUACUUGUUACUUAUUGUAAUAUUAAACCCCUCCCCUUCUCACUUGUUACUUAUUGUAAUAUUAAACCCCUCCCCUUCUCACUUGUUACUUAUUGUAAUAUUAAACCCCUCCCCUUCUCACUUGUUACUUAUUAUAAUAUUAAACCCCUCCCCUUCUCACUUCUUACUUAUUGUAAUAUUAAACCCCUCCCCUUAUUGCUUGUUACUUAUUGUAAUAUUAAACCCCUCCCCUUCUCACUUGUUACUUAUUGUAAUAUUAAACCCCUCCCCUUCUCACUUGUUACUUAUUGUAAUAUUAAACCCCUCCCCUUCUCACUUGUUACUUGUUGUUGUAAUAUUAAACCCCUCCCCUUAACUUGUUACUUAUUGUAAUAUUUAACCCCUCCCCUUCUCACUUGUUGCUUAUUGUAAUAUUUAACCCCUCUCCUUACUUGAUGCUUAUUGUAAUAAUUAACCCUCGUUGUCCCUUGUUGCAGGGUGAUGACGCUUACUUUGAGUAUCUGUCCGAGCAGUGGCACUCCGCCCCUAUAACAGGACUGGGCAUCUGUGUCCGUAAACCGCUCCUCGCUACCUGUUCACUGGACAAGUCCAUUCGCAUCUGGAAUUAUGAAAACAAGUACUGGCUUUUUAUUCUUUAUGUUUUCUGUGCACCCACCUAGGGCCAUCAUUCUCUUAUUGCUUAUCGUAUCAAUAUUGUCACUUUUUAUUUUGGAAGAAUAUGAUAUAGGGAUGUUAAUAUAGCUAUAAUCAUUGCACUUACUUGCUAUUAGCCAGUAUGUGUUUUUAUUCUUCCCGCCCAUAGAAUUUACAUCUAUUCCCCAUUUACUGGCUGAGCUAAAAAUGAUUAAUAUUGACAAAAAUUCCUCUUAUUCUGAUCUGUGAGGUCUAAUCGUGUCCUAUACACUGCUGCCCAGCAAGAGUUUCUGGCUUACUUCUAUUGUCUCCCAUCCAAGUUCCAUUCAGCACAUACAGAGGUUUUCACUAAACUUAGAAUUCAAAGUGAAUUUCAUGGUAAAAAUAGCCGACAUUCUCUAAGUCAGCUCCCCUUCAAUUUUGACUAUUUUAUCCUAAAAUUUGCAAUUCACUUUGAAUUCUGACUUUGAUGAAUAACCCUAAUAUAGAGGAACUGCUCAAUAAAUGGGAGGACAGAGACCCUUCCUGUAUGCAGUGUGUGGAGUCCUCAUGCUACAUAUGCAGUUUGGGGGAAUUUGACACAGGAAUGAGGAAGCUUAGAGACGUGAUUUAUUUAUUGAUUGAUUUUUGUAUAUUGGUGCAUUAAUAAUUAUAACAAUAUAUAAUAAUGAAUGUGUGAGCUGAGCACUGGGUACUCUGUUUACAUUAAUGCAAAGUAGUCGUGGGGUUACAGAGACCAUUUAAGUCUAUGUUUAUUGGUCUGGUGUCCUUUAAGAUAUCUAUGUACAUACAUUUUAAAUGAUCUGUUUUGGUUCUCGUUAUGUAUCAAUGAUUUAAUUUAACCAUGUUGGAAAUAUCUACAAAUGUAUGUAACAAGAAACAAACAAGAAAAAUGACAUGCUAUCACUUGGUUAAAGUGCUCGGGUUCUCAUACUGUUUCUCUUCAAUCCAAGUUCUCUAGAACUGUACAGAGAAUACCAGGAGGAGGUAUACAGUGUCUCGUUACAUCCAUCCGGACUCUAUGCUCUGGUGGGAUUUUCAGACAAGCUGCGUUUAAUGAACCUGCUAAUUGAUGAUAUCCGCACAUUCAAGGAAUUCACCGUCCGUGGCUGCCGUGAGGUAUGUCUGUGUUCCUUCUCAGCCCAGUGAGGUUUCAUCUCUAAACUGGGAAUCGGGGAGAACUGACAAGGAAUGUACACAUUUUAGGACCAAAUGGCUCAUCUGGAAAAUGUCUCCAGUUUGUCUAACGUUUCACCUGCGACUAUUUUGUCCUGAAAUUUGCAAUUCCUUUCCCAUAUGUCCACUAUUUCCAUUUAGCUCUGAAUGUUAUCUCUCUGUCUUUCCACUAUAAGGCCAACAGUAUUUGGACUAUCCUACUAAUUACUGAUUUCAGAUGCUUUAACCUCACCCAUUGCUUCACUCCCUGCACAGAAGCCGAGACGAUUUUAUAUAUAAAGUGUAAAAUAAGGAGACAGAGACACUAUGACCUGAUCCUCAGGAGCAGCAAAGAUCCUCACUGGAUAAACUAUGUGUGUAUACAGUUGCAAUCUAAAUUAUUCAACCCCCAGGGCCGUCUUUAAGGAGGGGCAAAAGGGGCAGCUGCCCCAGGCCCAGUUACUCCUGGGGGCCCUAAGGCAGCUGCCCCAUGGGCCCCCUGCGGCACCUGAGGUAAUCAGGGGCCACAGCCCUUUAAUACUGCUCUGGACCGGCCCGGGUCCCUGUUAUAUGGGGGGUGGCUGACUACAUACUCACAGCUAGCCCCCUCACAUACUGCCCUGUGAGUCUCUUUGUUUCCUGGGCAUGCUGGGAGGCAGUGAGGUCAGAUCGCUUCCUCCUCAGUGCCGCUGGGGAGGAGGCACACACCACAUGGAGGAGGAUGCAAGCAUUGUUGGGGAGAGGGACUGAGAAAGCUGAUGGCAGACUCCCAUCAGCCUGGGCCAACAAGCUCUCACUGGACCCCAGGGAAGCCACCUUUCUGUACCCAAAAGGUAAGGAGACAGGAGGGUGGCUAAAUAUGUUUUGUUUUUUGUUUUGCUAAUUUCUGAUAUCACUUUUAUUCAAGUGUUGGUGUUUGUAAUGUAACACACAGGGAAUAAGUACAUUUUAAAAAUCCUAGAAGAACCUGACAGUUCCCUAUUAAAUAUAAAUUUAAAAAGUAUUUAUUUUAACAUAUUGCAUCAAGUGUUAUCAAAGGCUGUACACCAUUUUCAGAUGUCACUUUUGCCAAAUUCUGGACCAGGGUGUGUAAGAACAGAGUUGAGACAUUAUAUUGGCCAAGGUUGCUGGGAGUUGCUGUCCAAGAGCUGCUAGAAGGCAGAGAUUAAAAUAUGUAAAUGUACACAUAUAUAUGUGUGGAUCUGGCUGUAUUUAUGUCCUUUUGUGUAUCUGGCUGUGUUUGUCUGUGUAUCAGUGUUUCUGUGUGUAUGUAUACGUCAUACACCUGUAUGUGCACCUGUGUGUGUGUAAGUGUGCAUCUGAGUGUGUGGUAAUGCAUACAUCCCAGCAUUUUAAUGCCAACACAAAUACACUCCUACAUUAUUAUUAUUAUUAUUGCCAUUUAUAUAGCGCCAACAGAUUCCGUAGCACUUUACAAUAUUAUGAAAGGGGAUUUAACUAUAAAUAGGACAAUUACAAAUAAACUUACAGGAACAAUAGGUUGAAGAGGACCCUGCUCAAUCGAGCUUACAUUCUAUAGGAGGUGGGGUGUAAAACACAAUAGGACAGGAAUGUGCAAUCAAAUAUGGUGGGCUGCCCUUUAGGAGAGGGCAAGAGACGGGUAUGUGAGGUAGGGGUUAGUCUUGGAGGCCAUAAGCUUUCCUAAAGAGAUGGGUUUUAAGGCACUUCUUAAAAGAUGCAAGACUAGGGGAGAGUCGGAUGGCGGUAGGCAGGCUAUUCCAUAGGAAGGGAGCCGCCCGCGAGAAGUCCUGCAAGCGCGAGUUGGCCGUACGGGUGCGGACAACGGACAGGAGGUGGUCACGGGCAGAGCGGAGAGACCGAGAAGGGACAUACCUGUGGAUCAGUGAGGAGAUAUAAGAGGGGCUAGAGUUGUUCAGUGCUUUAUAGGUGUGAGUUAGUGCCUUGAAUUGACUCCUAUAGCACACAGGAAGCCAAUGUAAGGACUGGCAGAGGGGUGAGGUGUGAGAGAACCGACUAGAGAGGAAAAUCAGUCUAGCAGCAGCAUUCAUUACAGACUGUAGGGGUGCAGUACGGCUUUUGGGAAGACCAAGCAGGAGAGGGUUACAAUAAUCCAUGCGUGAAAUUAUUAGAGCAUGGACAAGCUCCUUGGUAGUAUCUGGUGCAAGAAAGGGGCGGAUGCGGGCUAUGUUUUUAAGAUGGAAUCUACAGGAUUUGGCAACAUGCUGGAUGUGAGGCUCAAAGGUGAGACCAGAGUCAAGUAUGACGCCAAGACAGCGCGCUUGCAAGGAUGGGCUGAUGUUGGUACCACAAACUUGAAGGGAGAGCGAUAGAGGAGGAUCAGUAUUAGGAGGAGGAAAGACAAGGAGCUCAGUUUUUGAGAGAUUGAGUUUCAGAAAGCGGGAGGACAUCCAGUCAGAGAUGGAAGAAAGGCAAGCAGUGACACGUUGCAGGACAGCAGGGGAGAGGUCCGGGGAGGAGAGAUAUAGCUGGGUGUCAUCAGCGUACAGGUGGUAGUGGAAACCAAAUGAGGUAAUAAGUUUGCCAAGAGAGGCAGUGUAAAGAGAAAAUAGAAGGGGACCAAGGACGGAGCCUUGGGGGACUCCAACCGAGACAGGGCGAGGGGAGGAGGUAUCAUUAGAAAAAGAGACACUGAAUGAGCGUUGGGAGAGAUAAGAGGAAAACCACGAGAGGACAGAGUCACAGAGACCAAGCGAUUGCAGAGUUUGAAGAAGGAGAGCAUGAUCAACGGUGUCAAAGGCCGCCGAGAGGUCAAGAAGAAUUAGUAUGGAGUAGUGGCCUUUGGAUUUAGCUGCGAUUAGGUCGUUAGUAACUUUGAUAAGGGCAGUCUCUGUAGAGUGGAGAGGGCGGAAGCCAGAUUGAAGGGGGUCAAGGAGAGAGUUGGAAUUGAGGAAAUGAGACACACGGGUAAAGACGAGUCUUUCCAGAAGCUUUGAGGAAAAAGGGAGCAGGGAUAUGGGACGGUAGUUAGAGGGGGUGGACGGGUCAAGGGAUGGUUUUUUUAGUAUAGGUACUACAGUGGCAUGUUUAAGGUCAGCAGGGACGAUGCCAGAAGAGAGCGAGCAGUUGAAGAUGUGUGUUAGAGAAGGCACGAGACAAGUGGAGAGAGAUCUGAUAAGGUGAGAUGGGACAGGAUCGAGCGGGCAAGUGGUGGGGCGAGAGGAGCAAAGAAGAGCAGCCACCUCUUGGUCAGUGGCUGGGGAGAAUGUCUGAAGGGUAGGAAAGGCAUGAUCAAGGUGUGAUUGAGAAACAGAAAGGCAAGGAGGGGAGAAUUCUUUCCUUAGCUGUUCAAUUUUGUCAGUGAAGUAACAUGCAAAGUUAUCAGCAGUAAGGUUGGUUUGGGGGGUGGCCACAGCGGGGCGAAGAAGAGAAUUAAAGGUGUCAAAGAGACGCCUGGGGUUGCGGGAACAUGAACUAAUGAGAGAGGAAAAAUAGGACUGUUUGGCAAGGGCAAGGGCUGCACUGUAUGAACACAGUAUGAAUCUAUAAUGGAGAAAGUCUGACUGGGUGCGAGACUUCCUCCAGGAGCGUUCAGCACACCGGGAGCAUCUUUGCAGGUAGCGCGUUGAUUUAGUAUGCCACGGUUGGGGGCGGGUCCUCCUUGAGGUGCUUGCUUGGAGUGGCGCUGCAGUGUUCAAGGCAGAUGUAAGAGUAGAGUUAUAUAUGGAGAUGGCCAGUGAAGGACAGGAUAGGGAAGGGAUGGACAGCAGUUGUGGAUCAAUGUCAGCUGACAACUGUUGGAGAUCAAGAGAAUUAAGGUUCCUCCUGAGUUGAGGCUGGUUAGGCGGAGGUUGUUGGGUGAGGGGGUACGUGAGAGCAAACGAUAAGAGGUGGUGAUCAGAGAGAGGAUAGGGAGUGUUGCAGAUAUUAGAUACCGUACAUGCAUAAGUGAAGAUUAGGUUGAGGGUAUUGCCAGCAACAUGGGUGGGUGAAUUUGCCCACUGUGAUAGCCCGAGGGAGGAAGUAAUUGAAAGUAGUUUAUUGGCUGCAGAGGUCAAAGGUGGGUUUAUAGGAAUAUUGAAGUCCCCGAGAAUUAAGGAUGGGAUGUUAGAAGAGAGGAAAUAGGGUAGCCAGGCAGCAAAAUGGUCAAGGAAGAGAAGAGGGGAACCAGGGGGACGGUAAAUAACAGCAAUGUUAGCAGCGAAGGGUUUGAAAAGGCGAAUUGAGUGUAUUUCAAAUGAUGGGAAAGAGAGGGAAGGGGGGGUGUUAUUUACCGUACAUUCCAUCUCUAGCACUGUACACAUAUACACCCCUGCAUUUAUACCUUUAUGUAUGUGUGUAUCUGAGUGUGUGUGUAUAUACCUGUGUCAGUAUGUGUGUGUAUGUGCCAGUGUGUGUAUAUCAAAGUGCUUGUAUCUGUGUGUCAAAGGGUGUGUAUCUGAGUGUAUGUGCCAGUAUGUGUCAAGGUGUGAGCAUGUGUCAGUGUGAGCAUGUGUGUAUCUGCGUGUUAAUGUGUAUGUGUAUAUGUGUUAUAGAAAUCAAACAACAUGCAAACAGACCCCUGCAAACACAAACAUUACAAACACACCAGUUUGCUGAAACACUAAUACUACACACAAAUGUACACAUGUAUUUAAAAGACAACACUACAUCCAAACACCCCCCUGCAUGCAAAUACAAACAUUACAUGCAAACACAUUCCUGUAUUAAAACGCUAAAAUUAUAUACAAACACCAACUCUACACACAAAAGUACAACUGCAUUUAAAAGCCAACACUACAAACAAUCACACAUCCCUGCAUUAAAAUGCAAACACUACACACAAGUACACCACUGCAUUCCAAUGGUAACAGUACAUACAAAUACACUCCUACAUGCACACAUACACUCUAUACAAUAACAUGCUGACAUUCAAUUGCACAAACACUGCUCAAAAAUACAACCCUGCAAGGAUGGUAGGUAAAUCCCCAGCUGGCAUAGCAUCGCAGGAGUUGUAUGACAGAUGGGGAUCUAUCUUUUCUUUACUCUUGUGCUACAGGGCAGGCCUGAAUUUUUUUUUUUGCACCAAGGCACUCUCUACAUUAGUUUCGCCUCUAGGUUGGGGUGGAGGGAGUGAUUGCAUGCCCAGGGGGCCCAAACAGAUGCUUGCCCAGGGUCCAAUCAAUAUUAAAGACGGCCCUGUCAACCCCCAUUGGAAAGCCGGUUUAUUGUCAACAUUUACAGACUUUCUGCUGUUUGCAAUGAACAAAUCAAAUGAAAGCAAUUGAAAUAGCUCAACACAACAAAUGCUUCAAGUGAUUUCCCCAAAUUCAACUGAAAAUGCAAUUUAUAAUGACUUCUCCAAUCUCAAACCUAUGGCAAGGAUCUUUAGCACUUAGUAGAGCACCCCUUUUGCUGUUGUGAUCUGCUACAAUUGAGAUGCAUAGCCAGACACCAGCUUCUGGCAGCGUUCCUGAGGAAUCUUAGGCCAGUGCUCAUGAGCAAUAUUCUUGGGUUUGUGUGCUGUAACCGCCUCCUUCAUAUCUCACCAGAGAUUUCCAAUGAGGUUAAAGUCAGGUGACUGUGAUGGCCAGGACUUCUUCAGCAAUCAAUCCUUGGUUGAAUUUAAGGUAUGCUUGGGAUUAUUGUCUUGUUUGAAGAUCCAAUGAUGACCAAGAUUCAACUUCCUCACAGACUGCAUGACGCUUUCUCCUAGGAUUUCCUGAUACUUUAAUGAAUUUAUCUUGCCUUCCACAUGUUGCAGGUUUCAAGUGCCAUAGGAUGCAAAUCAGCCCCAGAGCAUCACCGAGCCACCAUCAUGCUUAACUCUAGGCAGAGUGUUGUUUUCAGUGUAUGUGGUGUUUAAUUGUAGUGGUGUUACGGAGACAGGCUCAGGUACUGAGUUUGUGGAACCACCAUCCUCUAUGCCUAAGGUGUGCAAGAGUGCAGCCAAUGACAAAAAGGACAAUGUGUGGCCUGACAGAAAGCAGUUGUUUCUGGGGGCACUGAGUGCAGUGGUGUUGUGGAGACAGGCUCAGGCACCAAGUGUAGUGGUAUUAUGGAGACAGGCUUGGCGACUAAUAGAAAGCAGCUGUUGUUGGGGGAUCCUAUCUUAAGAGGUGUGGAGCUGGACAAUAGUGGCCUUGUGCGAUGUCUUCCUGGAGCUACUGCUCGCAGAGACGGGAGACGUACCGUAUAUACUCGAGUAUAAGCCGACCCGAAUAUAAGCCGAGGCCCCUAAUUUUACCCCAAAAAACUGGGAAAACGUAUUGACUCGAGUAUAAGACUAGGGUGAGAAAUGCAGCAGCUACUGGUAAAUUUCUAAAUAAAAUUAGAUCCUAAAAAAAUUAUAUUAAUUGAAUAUUUAUUUACAGUGUGUGUAUUUGAUGAAUGCAGUGUGUGUAUGAAUGCAGUGUGUGUGUAUGAAUGCAGUGUGUGUAUGAGUGCGCAGUGUGUGUAUGAGUGCAGCGUGUGUGUAUGAGUGCAGUGUUUGUGUAUGAGUGCAGUGUUUGUGAGCGCAGUGUUUGUGAGCGCAGUGUUUGUGUAUGAGCGCAGUGUUUGUGUAUGAGUGCAGUGUGUAUGAGUGCAGUGUGUAUGAGUGCAGUGUUUGUGUAUGAGUGCAGUGUGUGUGCAUAAAUGCAGUGUGUGUAUGAGUGCGCAGUGUGUAUAUGAGUGCAGUGUGUGUAUGAGUGCAGUGUGUGUGUGUGUGUGAUGCAGUGUGUGUUUGUGUUGCAGAGCCUUGGUGGGGGGUGGGCAUUUUUAUUAAAAAAAAAUUAUUAUUAUUUAAAAAAAUUUUGUUAUAUUUUUUUUUAUUAUUUUUUUUUUAUUAUUAUUUUUAUUAUUUAUAUUUAUAUAUUAUUAUUUUAUCUAUUUUUUGUCCCCCCUCCCUGCUUGAUACAUGGCAGGGAGGGGGGCUCUCCUUCCCUGGUGGUCCAGUGGCAUUGGCAGUUCAGUGGGGGGAGGAGGGGGGCUGGCAGAGCUGUUACUUACCUCUUCUGCAGCUCCUGUCAGCUCUCUCCUCCUCCGCGCUGGUCCGUGCAGCUGUUCUGUCAGCUCACACUGUAAGUCUCGCGAGAGCCGCACUAUGACCCCGCCCCUCUUGCGAGACUUACACUGGGAGCUGACCGAGGUGCUGACCGGACCGGCGCGGAGGAGGAGAGAGCUGACAGGAGCUGCAGAAGAGGUAAGCGCUCGCUGCCAGCCCCCAGUCUGUAUUAUGGCAAUGUAAAUUGCCAUAAUACAGACACUGACUCGAGUAUAAGCCGAGUUGGGGUUUUUCAGCACAAAAAAUGUGCUGAAAAACUCGGCUUAUACUCGAGUAUAUACGGUAUUUGUAAUAUUGUUAAGCAAGCAAAGCAGAAAGGGGAAUUGGAUGUACUUGUCCAUCUAGGGACAAAUGACUUGGAUUACAAUGAAGUUUCAGAGCUAAAGGAAAUGUUUUGUUUUCUUUCCAGUUAUAUACGGCAGGUUGUGUUCACACUGUCAUUCUCUGAAGUUCAUAACAUUCAGAAUGACAGGCAGAUGCGUAUUAGGGACUGUAGCGGAUGGCAUUGGGCUGUCCUAAAAAUUACAUUUAUUCCUAUGUGUUCGGUUAAAUUGUCACAUGUGUAUGUGAAAUGUAUGCAGCAUUCUGAUUGUUCGGUAAAAUCACUCCAGUUAUUAGUGAAACUACCGAACAAUCAGACCACCCCAGGAGUAAUUGUGACUCCAAUUACCGUUCGCAACAAUGUUGCAAACGGGUAAUUGGCAAUUCGUGUAGUGUGUUCUUUGUUCUCUGGGUGGCUGCCAUUUGGGAGACGAACACGUGGCGGCGGCCAUUUUAAACUCCCAAACAGCGAUGUUUUGGCGUCGAGUGUCUGGAACCCAAAUCGGACACUCGGUUAGGCAAACACCGGUGAGACCUCCACACUGACGCCAAUUUGUGUAAAAACCACCAAACGGCUUCCCAUUUGGUAGAAAGAACCCCACGAACAAGGAGAUUUACCCGAAUCCUCCCCAGCUCUCAUAACCCAAGCCAUUCUUGUGUUUCAUUCCCUUUUCUGUGACCAACCACAGGGCCAAAAUACAUGGAACCCUUUUCGGCUGUUAACCCCAGCACGGUCAGUAGUUUUAGUACUUCCAGGAAUUUCCCGAACCCCUGGUCCAAUCUGGGUGAUUUUUGGAUAUGUGUCUCACCCACAUCAGGGCUACCAGGGGAUGUAAUAUUUAAAGGGGUACCCCUAUGUUUAGGGGUACAUCCAGAAACCCAGGGAAUUUGUGUCCUGCAUAAUGGGAUUAUGUGCCACACUAAGGGGAGGGGAUGUGUGGGUGGCAACUCGUAUGUGAUUGGAGUAUUGUGUAAUUACUGUAAAGCCCUCCCUUGCAUGGGAGAAUGCUUUAAAAGAUGGUUGUGUGAUUAAAAGUUCAGUUCUGCUCCUGAUGCUGUGUGUCGUCCAGUCAUUGGGAUUGAUGUUGGGAUAUUGUCUGAUUGUUUUGCCUGCUGGAAUUAUUGCCUUAUGGAUUUAUAAUACUUGUUCCUGAGCCUCACUGGGAUCUUAAGUGGAGAUAACCUGUGGAAUAUCAGCUCUCCGCUACAGGGACUUUAAUUUGUGGCUUGGUGAAUGGUGUCUGGAGCAAGCAUUUGGCUUUAUUUCUCAUGGUAGCUCUUUUUGGAAUAGAAAUUAACUGUACAAAAAAGAUGGCUUGCAUCUUUUUUAAAAGGGGACUGUGAAGGAUCUCUUGUACUUAUCUGUGUGCCUUCAGUUAUAUCCUCUCCCUGCUGUUUAAAUGCUUGUAUUCAGUUCGUUUGGUUAUGUAUGUGGAAGCUUGUAUUCGUCUACCGAACGAAAGACCACCUACCCUGGGUAGCAAUCAGCAUUAGAACGGGGAGAAAACCACAACUUAAUUGCUCCUGGGUGGCCAUCUUAAAACUCACGAACGCGGUCAGCGGGCGGACGCAUGAAUUGCCUGGAACUAUUUUCGGCAAGGCAAACAUGCGAAUGCCUGGUCUUCAUGGAAGUCCUGGAUGUAUACGUUCCCCUACACGAAUCAAACUGGCAUUCGGUAGAUAGAAUCUACCGAACGAGGGGAACAUUCGUAUGUAACCAGCUGAACGAUACGAACGGUGGUUUUCGUGUAGUUAGAUACGAACGGAGACCGGCUCUUGCUACUGAUUCUAUGGAACUCUAACUCGGAUACCUCCACAUGGCGAGCCGGUCAAACUUCCACACGAUGCGACACGGAAACUACCGAACGGAAAUUCGUGAGAUUUGGAUAUGUGACUACCAGUAUCCUCAGCUACCCAGGGAUGUUAAAAUUAUAUUUGUAUGUCUUGUAAAAAGUACUUUUCUGAAAUUAAAAAAUUGUAAUGUUUCUGGCCAGCAGAUAAUUGAGCUUUGUGUAUUGUUGAAACUCAGUUAUCUAGCCAGGCCCAGAGGAGGAGUUUUGUAUUGCAUAAAUUGUGAGUCCUGUGUGCCAGUAAAUCAGUCUUGUUCCAGCAUUAAGCUUUGGCUCAUGUGUGGAUUAUUCGGCGAUUCCAGGGAUAUUUCUACUUGUGGAGUAUUGGGCGAUUUUCUUUUAUGGGAAGAAGGGAAUGCUUGACGGUGAUUCUGUAUACUACCGUCACAGGGACACAUGUUCUCAGCGAGGGUGAUAAAACAUCAAUCCAAUUGCACCCCAGAACAAGGACAGAAAAUAACUGUAGCUACUGUGUUAAAUAAUUAUAAGCUUAGAGUCAUGUCUACAAAUGCUUGCAGUUUAGGGAGUAAGAUCCAUGAACUUGUGGCUAUAAUGGCAACUGAUAAUGUAGAUUUAGUCGCAGUUACUGAGACAUGGUAUAAUGAGAAAAAUGACUGGGACAUAGGAAUACCAGGGUACUCCUUAUAUAGAAAAAACAGGGAAGGCAAGAAAGGGGGAGGGGUGACCCUGUAUGUGAAGGAUAGCAUAAAAUCUAGCCUAAUAAAAGUUAGUGAGGCUAGCAUAGAGUCCGUUUGGGCUACGUUAGAAUUUGGUAAUCACACACUAACUUGUGUAGGUGUGAUUUAUAGGCCCCCAGGACAAAUUGAAGAGUUAGAUAAUCUACUAGUUGAGUAAAUAGCCAAAAUGACAAUGAAGGGGGAAGUUAUCAUCAUGGGUGACGUUAAUCUUUACGGAAGUGGACUGGAAAGCAAGAACAAAAACAGAAGCACACAUAUUCUAAACUCUCCACUGUGGUACUCUGCAGAUGUGGAAAAAAUAGUAAAAAACAAAAAACAAUAAGUUAGCAUUUAGUAAUUCUAAAAAAAACCCAGGGUGAGGAAGACAGAAUGAUCUAUAAGAUUAGGCAGAAAGAGCUAAGCAAGUUAAAAGAGCUUCCAAAUCACACACAGAAGAGAAAAUAGCACAGUCAGAUACAUAAAUAAGAAAAGAAAAGUAAAACAAGGAUUAGUUAGAUUAAAAACAAAAGAAGGAAGGUAUGUAGGAGAGGAUAAAGGUCUAGCUGAUUGCAUCAAUGAAUAUUUUUGUUCAGUAUUUACAGAUGAAAAUAAAGGAAAAGGACUUUAGUUAGUAAAAAGGAUAAAUGAGUCAUUUAUUACAUGUGAGUUUACAGAGGAAGAGGUUCUAUUUCAACUGUCAAAAGUAAAGACAAAUAAGUCAAUGGGACCUGAUGGAAUACACCCAAAGUUAUUAAAAUAGCUUAGUGGUGUACUAGCAAAACCAUUAACAGAUUUAUUUAACCAAUCAUUGUUAAUAGGGAUGUGCAUGGGGAAAACUUUCGGUUCCGUUAGGCAUUCGGGACUUCGAAACUUCGGCACUUUGGAAUUUGGAACCUUCGGCAUUUCGGGACUUCAGCACUUUGGGACUUCUCUUGCAGCCACUUAGUAGAUAACUCCCUAAUUCCCACGGUAUUAGGGAGUUAUCUACCAAAAGGCUGAAAGACCUAAAUUUGUCUUUCAGCCAAAUUUACUAAGACUACGUAAAAAUUACUUAGUAUUAGUAAAUUUUGCCCCUACUCACUAUACCGCGAGUAAGGGCAUGUCUAUUAAAAAAAAACAAAAAAAAAAACAUGGGGACCUACUACCACCCCCUGCCCCCACCCCUGAGUGGCAGGUGGGGGCCCUAAAUCAGAAAAGGGGGGAUCUAUUGUCCCCCCCGGCCCCCACCCCUGAGCGGUAGGUGGGGGCCUUAAAUUACUUCAAGGGGGGGAACCUAUUGUCCUCCCCCCGGCCCCCACCCCCGAGCGGUGGGUGGGGACCCUAAAUUAGAAUAAGGGGGGACACCUAUUGUCCUCCCUCCAGGCUCCACCCCUGAGAGGUGGGUGGGGGCCCUAGAGUAAAAUGAUGGGGGGGAUCCUAUUGUCCUCCCCCCUGCCCCCACCCCUGAGCGGCGGGUGGGGGCCCUAAAUACCAGUAAGAGGGGAGGACCUAGUGUCAUCCCCCUGGCCCCACCCCUGAGCGGUGGGUGGGGGCCCUAAAUACCAAUAAGGGGGGGGGAACCUAUUGUCCUCCCCGCUGGCCCCCACCCCUAGAGUAAAAUGAUGGGGGGGAUCCUAUUGUCCUCCCCCCUGCCCCCACCCCUGAGCGGCGGGUGGGGACCCUAAAUUAGAAUAAGGGGGGGACCUAUUAUCCUCCCCCCUGGCCCUCACCCCUGAGCGGUGGGUGGGGGCCCUAAAUACCAAUAAGGGGGGGGACCUAUUGUCCUCCCCGCUGGCCCCCACCCCUGAGCGUUAGGUGGGGGCCCUAAAUAAAAAUAUACCCACCACCCCUCCCCAAAAAAUUAUUUAGCCCCUACCUACACCCCUCACCCUAAAAAUAGUGAGGGGGAAGCAUUAACUAGGGACCUGAAAAAAAAUUAAAAUAAAACUUUUGAUGUCUUCUUUUUUCUAACGUCUUCUUUUUUCUAACGUCUUCUUUUUUCAGCCUCAAAAAAGACCAAAUAAAAAUCCAUAAUAAACGACCAAAAAAAAUCAGAGCGCAAAAAAAUAAUCCAUCUUCACCGAUGGAGGGCUCCACGCAGACUGAGCUCUGCAGGGCAGGGGAAGGCUUAUAAAGCCUUGCCCCGCCCUGCAAUUAGGCUCAGUGCACUCUGGUUGGUUGGUUUAAGCCAUCCAAUCAGAGUGCUCUGACAGGUUAAUGAAGUCUCAACAUUUACCUGUAACAGCACUCUGAUUGGUAAGCUUAAAAUCCAGCCAAUCAGAGUGCUCUGUGUCAUUUUACACAGCGUGGUAAAGUUCUUUUGAAUUUUCCCAUGCUGUGUAAUUUGACUCAUAACAACACUCUGAUUGGUGGAUUGAAAGUAACCAAUCAGAGAGUUAUGAGUCAAAUUACACAGCAUGGGAAAAUUCCAAAUAACUUUCCCACGCUGUGUAAAAUAACACAGAGCACUCUUUUGGCUGGAUUUCAAGCAAAUCACUCAGGGGUGGGGGAAAGGGGGAGGACAAUAGGUCCCCCCCCUUAUUCUAAUUUAGGGCCCCCACCCACUGCUCAGGGGUGGGGGCCAGGAGGGAGUACAAUAGGUCCCCCCCUUAUUGGUAUUUAGGACCCCCACCCGCCGCUCAGGGGUGGGGGCCAGGGGGGAGGACAAUAGGUCCCCCCCUUAUUCUAACUUAGGACCCCAACCCGCGCUCAGGGGUGGAGGCCGAGGAGAGGACAAUAGGGCCCCCCCAUUAUUUUACUUUAGGGCCCCCAUCCGCCGCUCAUGUGUGAGCACCGGGGGGGAGCACAAUAGGUUCCCCCCUUAUUCUUCUUUGGGGCCACCACCCGCCGCUUAGGUGUGGGGGCCAGGGGGAGGACAAUAGGUCCCCCCCUUAUUCUUCGGUAUAGCGAGUAGGGGCAUAAUUUGGCUGAAAGACUAAUUUAGGUCUUUCAGCCUUUUAGUACAUAGCUCCCUAUUACCGUGGGAAUUAGGGAGUUAUCUACUUAUUCAUUCCUGUCAUUCCAUUGACAGGCUAAGUAACUUACAUUUUAUAUGAAUGUGUGUUACUUGAUUGUUGUAAGUGUUGCAAAUGCUUACAGCUGAAUCCUGGCUAUGUUUGUAUACUUUUUAUUUAAACUUGUAUACAGUGUAACAUUCUUCAUUCUUCCACUGGGUAGGUAUCUUAGUACUUCGGCAAUACUGUGCAUCUGAACUUCGGGACUUCGACACUUUGGAAAUUCAGCGAUUUCGGAACUUCGGCAAUUCAGCUAUAUGGACAUUCGGAAGUAUCCGAAUGUCCAAAUUGCCCAAAAUUCGUCCGAAUUAACAUUCGGAACGAAACCAAUUACACAUGUCUAAUUGAUAACAGGAGUAGUCCCAGAAGACUGGAAGUUAGUGAAUGUUGUGCCCAUUCACAAGAAAGGUAAUAGGGAGGGGUCGGGCAAUUAUAGGCCUGUUAACCUUACUUCAGUAGUGGGGAAAGUGAUGGAAACCAUGUUAAAGGAUAGGAUUGUUGAACAUCUAAAAACACAUGGAUUUCAAGAUCAGAGACAACAUGGGUUUACUUCAGGGAGAUCAUUCCAAAUUAAUCUUAUUUAUUUUUUAUAUUGGGUAACUAAAAUAGAUCGGGGUAGUGCAGUAGACAUUGCUUACCUAGAUUUCAGUAAGGCUUUUGACACUGUUGCACAUAGAAGGCUUAUCAAUAAACUGCAAUCUUUAAGUUUGGAUUCCAAUAUUGUUGAACGGGUAAGGCAGUGGCUGAGUGACAGGCAACAGAGGCUUGUAGUUAAUGGAGUAUAUUCGAAGCUUGGGCUUGUCACCAGUGGGGUACCUCAGGGAUCUGUACUUGGACCCAUUCUCUUUAAUAUUUUUAUUAGUGAUAUUGCAGAAGGUCUUGAUGGUAAGGUAUGUCUUUUUGCUGAUGAUACUAAGAUAUGUAACAGGGUUGAUGUUCCAGUAGGGAUAAGCCAAAUGGCAAAUGAUUUAGUUAAAUAAGAAAAAUGGUCAGAUCUGUGGCAACUUACAUUUAAUGUUGAUAAGUGCAAGAAAUGCGUCUUGGGGGGGCGUGGCCUGACAGUUAAUGGAGUAGGACGCACUCAUUCCGAGCUCCUAGGCCCCAACCUGAUUAGCCCCGAUUAACCAGCACAGCAACGCCGCAGAAAGCGCACAUCUAUGGGGGGGAAAAAUCGGAGGCUACCUACAGCAGCCCAGGUCACUCCGGCCCCUUCCCGACAGCCAGCCGGCCCGAUGGACGAGUUCCUCGCCAUGCCGCAUGGCCUCCGCGACUCCGGCGAGGCCGGAACACCGGCCCCUGAUUCCCCGGGCUCCAGCAUAGCGGGCUCGGCGCGAGACUCCGGCACACCAGGCACCCUGUCCCAAAUAUCCGCGGACCUCGCCGCGAUCUCCGCGAGCAUGAUGACCCGGAAGGAUAAAGGCGAAAUGGUGGCUGAGCUGAGGGCCAUAAUAAGGGAGGAAAUAGCGGCAGUGCGCACCGACCUCACGGCGCUGGAGCAGCGAGUAGACAGGUUGGAAGAGGAGCGCAUACAAACCCAGCAGCACAGACAGGCAUCGGAACUGGCAACCACGAGGCAGGGCAAUAUCCUCCUGGACCUCCGCCGGCAGGUUGAAGAUCUUGAUAAUCGCGGCCGGCGGAACAACAUCAGGGUCAGAGGCCUGCCUGAAUCCGAGGAUGAGGUACCGCAGGAGAUCCUUACUGGCCUAUUCGCGCAACUACUGGGAGAUGCAGCUCCUGGCGACUUCGGCAUCGAAAGGGCCCACAGGGCACUCCGCGCCCCCAGAAGAGACGGGCAGCCAAGAGACAUGAUUUGCGCCCUCCUGUCAUUCCCGCUAAAAGAAUCUAUAAUGCGGGCAGCACGUGCACAGCAGCACAUCACUUACAUGGAAGCACAGAUAUCCCUUUACCAGGACUUAUCUACCAUCACCCUAGAUGCCCGCAGGGCCCUGCGGCCUCUCACCCGAGCACUUCAGGAGCGACGAAUUCCAUACAAGUGGGGAUUUCCAUUUAGCCUGCAGGCCCGGAUGGGAAACGUAUGGCACAUCAUACGCUGGCCGAACGACGUGCCACGGUUUUUAAGAACCGCCAACUUACCUGCUAUCACAGUGCCAAACUGGAUCCUGGAGGAACCCCCGGCGCGAGCCACAGGCCCUUCUGAAGUGGCGCACAACAUCCACCUGGAGCCUGGACCACCAAGACGCAGAGGCGGCCCAAUAGGCCCUGAGGAAUAGAGGCCCCCACGCCGCACGGACCAGUGGCCCCCCCUGGGACAUCCCAUGCCAGAUCGAGGCAAUGCCUCCUGAGCUCCCCCCAGCUUUGAUUAUGGACGCCAUGCAGAUCUGAUGACACCACGGCUGGGGUAUGUACUUUCAAGUCCGCUACCAGCCUGCAUUAGCUAGUAGACAGGGAGGAAGGACGCAGACAGGUGGGGGGGGAACAGAAGCCACUUUCGGGGAGCGGCCGGGAGCUAGGACCCCAUCAGUGAACCCACACACCCGGGGCAGAAGAGGGAAAUACCCCGUAGGUGGGGAGGGGAUGAUGGGCAGGAUACAAAGGGUCUGGACACCGUCACCAUCACCCGGGUCACACCCUGGGUCAAGAUUGCUGUACUGAACAGGCUGCUCCAGCACACCGCUGCCCACGGAACAGGGCUGGGGGGCGGAUGUGGGAGGGCGAGGGCACCAGGAUAUGCGGGCACACAGGGCUAGAGCUGAGAGGGGGGCUGGGACAGGGCUGGGCACUUCUUGUUCAUGUUGUUUAGUUAUACACGGUUCCACUUAUAUUACCCGACACAUAUCACAGCCACUCACAGGAGGGGACAACUACACACAAUUAGCCGCCCUGAGACAAGCAAGACGCCAUGUUGGUACGCCCUACUUCGUAAGUCCAGGCACACAGAUAGACAUCAUGACGGAAAUUCUGAGAGCAGGGAGUGACCACGUCCCAAACCAGCCCCUCUGAAGUGACGCAAAUGAGGGAGCUGGCGAGCCACGCCCACAGGGUGGCCUCACAAUGCAGCCCACCACAUGUAGGACUGACUAUCCCCAAACAGCGCCCCUACGCCCUAGACACGCCGACUCGUAGCCCACGAACUGUAAGUCGCCCGGCGGGGGAGGUCAGACACGGAGGGUCACGGGGUGUCCAGCAGACAAAACCAGCCGAAUCCUCUGACAGCACCCGGCCACUAGGACCGGGACGACAGGGGAGCCGACCGCGACGGGGGGACCCACGGGUACCACUGACCAUAACGCCGACAGGACCGGUAUGCACACUCGCUCCUAGACCGUGGGACUGCGGUACAGGACGCCACAGCCCGACCGACACACUAAGUCCCGGGCGACGACUGCGGAACCCGAAGCUAGAGCAGGCAAACAUGGCGAUUGCACACACCCUUACAGGUUGGGUGCCGAUGGAGAGGGGAGAGAACCAACCUCACUCAGAUCCGAGACCGACUUCACUGUAAGUGACCUUACGGAACCCCCACUGAGACAGACCCACACUGUACAUUACACCGGUGUUCUCGACGCUGAGGUUACCCACCAGGCUCGAGAACGAAUACACCCGGUACAGGGUCAGAGUCACACCCGCACACCCAGAAGAGACGCUAGACCAUACACAUCACCACCACAGACAGACAGACUCCCCUCACACUCACCACCUCAUCUCCACACCAUACAGACAACGCUGCAGGGACGCCGCCCUGCCGCCGAGAUGGCAGCCUCGCGGGGAUUUGUCCCGGCUCAACUGACAUACUGGUCCAAUAAUGUCCAGGGGCUUAACACACCUGAAAAGCGCGCGCACCUGGUAAGGCGCCUAUGGGCCGUGAGAGCUUCCGUGGCGUUCCUGCAGGAGACUCAUCUCCGAGGACUGGACGCCCCCAAACUAGAGAACAGACGCUACCCGCAGGGAUUCUACGCGAAUCAUCCGGACUCUAAGAGGGCUGGUGUGGCAAUACUCUUUGCACAGACGACGCCGUUCCAACACAUAGCAACGCAGGCGGACCCGAACGGUAGAUUCCUUUUCAUCAAGGGCACAAUCAUGGAACACACGUAUACCUUCGCAUGCCUCUACGGCCCGAAUAGAAAGCAGCAUACAUUCCUGGCACGGACGCUAGCCAAAUUGGAGAAAUUCAGAGACGGCCUCUUAGUCAUGGCAGGUGACCUCAACCUGCCACUGGACCCCCGCACGGACACCUCCAGAGGACAAACGGCGAUCCCGGCGCACUGCAUACGAGCAGCACAACGAUCUAUACAUACACACGGCCUGGUGGAUUGUUGGAGGGCAUAUAACCCUGAUGGUAGAGACUAUACCCACUUUUCGGCAGUCCAUAAAAAUUAUAGUCGCAUAGACUACAUAUUCCUGGCCCAGGAAUACCUCAACCUCCUCCACGACGCACGAAUAGGCAUAAUGGACCACACAGACCAUGCACCACUGACGAUCCGCACAAGCUCCCCACUAUAUAAACCCCGCGAAAGACACUGGAAACUGAAUGAAUCCUUACUGGACGAUGCAGAGUGUAAGAGGGUGACUGCCCAAACCCUAACCGAAUACUUCACUUCCAACGAAGAUACGGAGAUGCCACCGUUAACGAUAUGGGAAGCUCACAAAUGCGUCAUACGGGGCCAUUUCAUCGCCAUAGGCACCAAACGCAAAAAGGAACGAACACGACGUAUCACAACACUGCUAGACCGGAUAGCUGACCUAGAAGGGGAACACAAGACGGACCUCGCAGACAGCACAUACCUCCGCCUGACGGAAGCACGAAGGGAGCUGAAAGCCAUAUUAUCACAAGGACUCUUACACACCGCGAGGAAGGCCUCCAGGUAUUAUUAUGAACACUCGAACAAAAGUGGAAGGUUGCUAGCCCGGAUGUUACAAGAUAGAAGGAAAGCACAGCACGUUUACAAGAUACGCACGAGCAGUGGAGACACAACCUGCCUCCCGGACGGCAUACUGUCAGCGUUCCGGGAAUACUACGCGGUGUUAUAUAACCAACCACGACUCCACCAAGACAGAGACAUAGGUAGCCAUCGAGAACGGAUAACCACAUACCUUCAGAACCACAUCACCCGACAGCUCACCCCGGACCAGGAGGCGGAACUCGAAAUGCCCUUGACGAUCGAGGAACUAUCUGGCGCACUGAAAUCAACUAAAGCGCACAGGGCCCCGGGCCCAGACGGUCUACCAGUCUCGUACCUACGCUCCUUCAAGGACACCCUGCUGCCCAAACUCCUGACAGGCAUCAACUCAAUCAGAGAUGGAGGCCAAUUCCACAGAGACACCCUGGGAGCAACUGUGGCAAUAAUACCCAAAGAGGGCAAAGAUCCAACAAUCUGCGCCAGCUACAGGCCCAUCUCUCUGAUAAACGCGGACAUCAAACUCUUCACUAAGGCACUGGCACUCAGGAUGGCCCGGACGCUUCCGGACCUGGUACACCCGGAUCAAGUGGGGUUUAUCCCCGGAAGAGAAGCCAGAGAUAACACUAUUCGCGCCCUCAACACCAUCCAUACAGCUAAAACGGGCAAAAAGGAAAUGGUCCUACUAUCCACUGACGCUGAAAAAGCGUUUGACAGGGUGGAUUGGGUCUAUAUGUCGGAAACAUUUGGGAUACGGUCCACACCUGCGGACCUGGAUAACGGCUCUAUAUACCUCACCAACAGCCCGCAUAAGAAUAAACGGAGCGCUGACUGACUCGUUUGAUAUACAUAACGGCACGAGACAGGGCUGCCCCCUGUCCCCACUCCUGUUUGCCCUCACCCUGGAGCCCUUCUUGGAGGCGGUCAGACAGGACAGGGGUAUCACGGGAUGCUGCAUAGGAGGAAGAGAACACCGGGUAGCGGCUUACGCCGACGACAUGCUCUUCUUCCUGGAGCAACCCAGAACCUCCCUCCCACAUCUCCUGGAGGCGUUUCGGCAAUACAAGGAGGUAUCCGGCUUGACGCUUAAUCUAGAUAAGUCAGAGAUAUUGCUGCUCGCACAGGACAACAUCCUCCAACGACACAUACAAGCACAAUUCCCCUUCAAGAUCUCCACAGCCAAGCUACACUACCUCGGGGUGUGGCUCCCGAGAGACUUGACACUUCUCUACCAACUGAACUUUGCGCCCCUGCUCACCACCCUACAACAAAGCAUGAAACGCUGGACACCUCAGUACAUCUCGUGGUUUGGUCGCAUAAGCGCUGUGAAGAUGAACAUUAUGCCCAGAUUACUAUACCUGUUCCAGACAAUACCAACGUACCUCCCGAGGGCAUUUUUUCAGACCCUGACGACCGCAGUCAGGAACUUCGUCUGGAACCAAAAACCAGCGCGUAUCCGAAGAGCGAUUCUUGAACGCCCUAGAGGAGAAGGAGGUAUGGGAUUGCCGUCCAUCCUCACGUAUUACCACGCUACCCAUCUGCAUAGACUGGUUGAUUGGCAUGCAAACCCCAGUACAAAGCAAUGGGUAGACUUGGAGAAACACCAAGCCCAGGGACGAAUCCCCGCUAUGCUAUGGCUGGGAGACGCACUACCCAAGGAACUACUUACCGGGAACCCAAUGAUCGACGCCACGCUGAAGGUAUGGUGUAGGAUACGUUACUCCAAAAACCUCACGUCAUCGCCCAACCCGCUCACACCAAUAACACACAAUCCGAGGUUAGCGGGAGGGCUAAACACUGCAGACCUGAAAAACCUCGGAGCCACGGACUGGGUAUACGCUAGCCAAUGGAACUCCGGGACGACGCUCAAACCCCUGGCAACGCUGAUGCAGGACCGCAGGCCCAGUGGCCUAGACACCUUCCGAUAUCACCAAGUGAAAACAUACCUCGACGGCAUUGCGGGCAAAGGCCACCUACACCGCCCAUUGCUGAUGAUGGAACACCUAUGCACGGCCAGACAACACCUCUCACAUGGAGUCUCACACCUCUAUACCGCGCUGCUAAGCAACGGUGAUAAGAGCCCUCUAGGCUUCACAUCGCGAUGGGAAAGAGAGACCGGGAUGGAACUUACGGAAAAGGAAUGGCUUAAAAUCUUUCAACUAACACACAGGGGGACCAUCAGCUCCAAGUUCCAAGAAUGCAAUUACAAAAUUCUAACAGGAUGGUACCGGACGCCAGAUAUCCUGCAGCACGUGCAUGAGUCAAUCUCGAACAAAUGCUGGAGAUGCGGCACAGGGAUAGGAACCAGCAUUCACAUCUGGUGGACAUGCCCACGUAUCGAACCGUUCUGGAGGAUGAUACAUCAGACGACCAAAGACAUCACGGGCUCAGACGUCCCAUUCCAACCCAUGCCACUGCUUUUCAACCACACGCGCACGCCUGUGAAGAUCUACAAGAAAGGACUCCUCAUACACCUACUCACGGCAGCGAAGUCGCUCAUCCCACUCCAUUGGAAAAGCUCGACGAUUCCAACCCUGCAACAAUGGGUAGAUAGGGUGGAGAUGAUAUAUAACAUGGAGAUGAUGACAGCCUCCCUGCAGGGACGCCAGGAAAAAUGCGCUGUGGCGUGGUACCCAUGGAUGGACUACACAUCAAAACGGACGGGAGGAGGAGGCCCGGUGGAGAUGGACGGCGCCCCCGCACCAAUACAACCCCCCCAACAGAGCUCUGCACAGACAUAGGCAGUGCCAGACGAGUAGAUUGCAUCCCCAGCACGACGGAGACACACUUCCUACGCGACCCCCCCCCCACCCCUCCUACCACAUGACACAUAGACACACAAAAGACCCUGAGGGACACAACCCCCGGGGGCACGCGGACCGACUUACGGCUCCGCACGAAGCGGAAUCUGUGAGUAAGCAGAUACAGAGGCGGAGGACCAUGGGUCACGGGAGGGGAGGAGUGAUCCACUAAAGUGACAUAUGGACCGAUACACUAGGGGAUGGAGGGAAGAGGGAGACCGGGACGCAAGGGACAUGGACUCACCCCCACCCCAGACGUAAGAAGCCACGACUUGAGCCAGUAGCACCCGGCCCAGACCACGCCAACUAACAACCAGGGCUGCCGCAGGUGGCAGACAUAACCCCACACACACCGAACCCAGCGAGACCCAAGAUAAGAGAUAUCAACCUAGACUUAGGUAUCCAGAAGAGUCACGGGGACCGUGCAAAGGCCCCAGGGCUGAUAUGAUUACACCCACCACACGAGUGACACAAACCAAGGGCCUGAGGUGACGACACGGCGACUGACACAGACCCCACACGCCGCACAACUACAUAAUAAGACAUCACAGGACAACCCCACACAUACUAACUGAGCCUACGGACAACUCAGGUCAACUACCCCCAGGAAAAAACAAAAACAGAUCGACUCAGGGAAAAUAGGGGGUAACCACACGGUCACAGGGGCAAAAUACUUGGCUCCCUCAUGACUUAAGACUGAGCACAUCCACACCAGGCCCAUUACGACCUGAACCAACACACAAAUCAAACACUAACCGGAUUGGAACCCCCAUACAAAGCCCCAGAUGGUACCCCCCCAAAGAGUGACACACGUAGACAGACACAACACGGACUGGGACAUAGCUCUAUAUCCAUCAGCCUGGCACUAGUAACACGAACAAAUCACCACGUACAACGCUGGGGACAAAGAUGAACCGCACCACACGUAGACGGAGACUUCCACAACUCUUAAGUACCAUGGGUCACACUAGACCCAAUAAGUGAGUGAGGGGAAACCUUGCACUGAGCCAGCCUCUCUAUUAUGGUCCUACCUACAAAUGAGGAAGCUCAGAGAACAACGCAGGGAUACACAUCUCCCCCUCUGACCUACGAGCACAACACAGAGCGGUUGAAACAACCCAUCCGAUAACACGCACGAAUCUUGAGGAUUAACCACAAACUCCAUACACACCCAACCACAUAGGGGACUAACCCCAUACAGGGCUAACGACAGAACACAACACAAAAGAACGCUCACUGUUUUAAUGAAGCCAAAUACUCAAACACAAUUUAUUAACCAGUUGUUGAAACCAUCUGGAUGCUGUAAUACUCAUAACUGACCCGUUUAUCUGUUACCACCUGUUAAUUCGGAUUGGAUAUUCAUGCUGUGAUUUAAUAUUGAAAAACGUAAAUAAAGAAUGUCAAAAAAAAAAAGAAAUGCAUCUUGGGGGUAAAAACCCAAGGGCAGAGUAUAUAAUAUUUAAUACCCUACUAUCCUUAACAUCUGAGGAAAGGGAUUUAGGGGUGAUUAUUUCUGAUGACUUAAAGGUAGGCAGACAAUGUAACAGAGCAGCAGGAAAUGCUAGCAGAAUGCUUGGUUGUAUAGGGAGAGUUAUUAGCAGAAGAAAGAGAAAAGUGCUCAUGCCAUCGUACAGAACUUUGGAGUAUUGUAUGGAGUACUGAAGACCGCAUCUCCAGAAGGAUAUUGAUACUUUAGAGAGAGUUCAGAGAAGUGCUACUAAUCUGGUUCACGGAUUGCAGGCUGGCCGCCCAGGAGCCCAGCAGCACCACUGGACCCCAGGGAAUCCCCUCAGCACUCCAAAAGGUAAGGAGGCUGGGGGAUUAAAUUUAAAAAAAAAAAAGUGUGUGUGUGUGUUAGUGUGUGUGUGUUAGAGUGUGUGUUAGUGUGUGUCUGCUAGUGAGUGUCAGUGACUGUGUCUGUUAUUGAGUGUGUGUCUGCUAGUGAGUGUCAGUGAGUGUGUUACUGUGUGUGUCUGUUACUGAGUGUGUUUGUGUGUGUCUGUUAGUGAGUGUGUGUUUGUCAGUGAGAGUGUAUGUUUUGUAAGUGUGUAUAUAUGUCGCUGAGUGUGUGUCUGUUAGCUAGUGUUUGCGUCUGUUCGUGAGAGUAUGUGUGUGUGUCUUCAGCACUUACCUUUCUCCAGCGCCGGACUCCCUUGGCGCUGGGGAUCCCUCCGCCUCUCAGCUCCGAAUGCGCAUUCGCGGCAAGAGCCACGCGCGCAUUCAAACCGCCCAUAGGAAAGCAUUACUCAAUGCUUUUCUAUGGACUUUCAGUGUCUGAGAAUCGCGGAAGCUCUGUGUUGCGGCCCCGGCCCGCGCAGAGUAAGCAGGGGGGGAGAUCAAUUUUGGCACCGGGGCUCCAUGGGUCAUGUGUACGCCACUGCAUAAGUGGCUUAUUUAUAUGAUUUUGAGCAUAUUAGAGCCUACUUUUCUUGUGAUUUUGGGUCAGUAGUGGUGUACUUUUUGAAGUUCUGGCAUGGAAAUAUUUAUUACACAGCUUACUAUGCUCACUGAAACCUCAUUGCCUCUUGCCACCAAGUUUUGCUGCAGGUCUUUUGUAGUCCCUUCAGGACUUUUCACAACCUGCCUUUUUCGAAAAUCUGGUUACAGCCAUUGAUAGCUUGCAUUUACUGCCUUGUCCAAGUAGUGUACCCACUGUUCCUUCAGCUUUGCAUUCAGGAACUAUGCUUCCAACAGUGUCUUUAGGAACAUUCAGUGACUUUGCUAUCUUUUUGUUUCAUGUUCCUUGUUUGUGACGGACCAUUUCUAACGUGCAGUCCUACAUGACACUCAACAAACCCCUAACCAUUUCAGGUAUUUCAAAUGUUACAGCACAAGCACACCCUGUGCAACUAAAGAAGCCCUAGUUGUGCCUCCGUCAAUCGAUGCUCCUAGUGCUCACCGAGUACACCAAGCACUUCACCAGACCCCAUCAGCACUGUUGUCCCCACUUCCAUCAUUGUAGCUUGGUUGAGGUCUCGCUGUAAUGCACCCAAGCCCAGGAUCCAGCUUCCAGUGGGUAAACCUCUCUGUGACGAGACCAAUCUCGCCACAUUGCAUUGGAGAAGCCUGGUUGCUCGCCUGCUGCCUUUGGACUAUGGCCCCCUGUUAAAAGACAUCUUUUUUACCUGCAGAAAAGCUUCAUUCGUGCUUUUCUGCCUGGGGUUCGGUAGAUUUGUUUGAAUGUGUUAUACCCCAGAUAGGAAUCCCAUGGAGCCCAUUCGUAUGAAACUGACUGUAAAGACUUUGGCUCCAUGGCGAUUAAACUGUAUUCGUGUGGUCUGAGCGCCAUUCGCUUAAUAAUGUGCGCUCGGACCUGAGCUAUCUGGGGAUAUGUUACAUGUCUGUGUUUUAUGUAAUAAAUGUGACUUUAUGUAUUUUAAAGUGUUUUGUGUCUUUUUGCAACCAUGUGCUUAAUGGAGUCUUGUGUCUGUCCUGGGAGAUAAUUGAAUUACUUAUCUCCAGGAUAGAAGACUCUGAAACUGGUUUGGGCCAGAAAGCCAUGCUUCAUUUAGUCACAAAGGACUUUUUACUAACUUUUGAACCCCUGGUCUGAUUCAGGCCAUUUUUUAAUAUGUUGUUCCCCUGAAUGGAUUGAUUGUGAAUGUGUAAUUUUAUGUGAAUGUGAUGUAUGGUUUUAGAGUUAUGAAAGUUGGGUAGAAAGUAUGUUUUAACUGUAUGUGUAAUUGAGUUUCCUCUCAGGAUAAGGGGAGGGAAUAUGUGGGAUGUAACUGUGAUGUGAUUGGUUGUUUUAUACCUCCCUGUGGGCGGUCCUGUAUUUGCAAGACUGUAAUAAAAACCAGGCUGGGUGUGCCAGGACCUCAGACCACUGCUUGACCCUCAACACAGAGCCUUGUCUCGUUCUUGGGGGGAUUCACUGUAUGCUGUUAGAGACUGAUUGCCAGGAGUGUAAGCUGCUUUUCCUGUUCGUCUGCUAGCAGCUAUUUGGGAGGUUCGAGUUUGGGAGUUUGGUGUUCUGCAGUAGCUGUGCCUGUAUCUCUGGAAAGGGGGCUGAUCGCCUAAACGGUUUUUACCCCUUGUGUGCAAAACGGUGCGUUACAAUUGAUGGCAAGCGGCGGGAUCGUUCCCACAGACUACAGGACAGCUACAGGCGACACCAUUCCGUGGAUUUACAAUUUGAGGGCAACGCAUGUCUGAGUACAGCGACCCUGACAGCAACAGCAUGGAACCAGCAGUGUCAUACGAGGAGGAGGACCUGGAUGGCCGGGAUGCAUUAAGGAAAGGCAUCUGGUACCAGGCCCUGGAUAAUGUACAGUACCAGCGGGGUGAGAGUCUCCCCAGUGAAGAGCAGCGGUUGCAGAAGCAAGUGGCCCUGCGGAUGCCCUUCCUGGGAGAGCAGCCCCUAGAUGAAUGGGUGAAGGAAUUGGAGCACCGGGUAUGGCAGGAGAUUUGGCUGGAAGAUGCAUACCAGGCGCUCUGGUGGUAUGGGGCACAGUACCUGCCCUGGACAGCCGAGCAUGACAAGCCAGAGGGAGGGGAGUUUGAUGGUCCUGGCUUGUUAUGGGAGGCUUUUUCAGAGCCUGAAUUUGGGAGCCCUACACAAGCCCGGUUCAGUGAUCUCUUGGAGUGGAGGGAGAGCAGGUAUGACUGGGACGACACUCAUGACAUUGAGCAAGACCUGGCUCACCUAGCAACCCUGGAGUGGGAACUGGAGCAGGACUACCGAGAUCUCUUCCACCCCAUUGAGAAGAUUCAGCAGGACAGCAAGGUGCCAGAGCCAGACCCAUUCAGAGGGGACGAGAUGGUACAGUUUUACUGGGAAGAACCCCAGGUGGCCGGUAGAGAUGGGACCGAGGUCUCUCCACCGGUCCUGCAGGGAAUUGGGAGCCCAGUCUCCAUUCCCCAGCGGCAGUGUAAAGUGCAGGGAGAGGAGAGCAGUAUCCUCCCUCCCCAGCGGCAGGCUGAGUUACAGGGGGCAGAGGUAGUUGUUCCUGCCCCCAGCAGCAGAGUGAUAUGCCGGGAAGGCAGUGUGAAGUCCAGGGAGAGGAGAGCAGCGUCCUCCCUCCCCAGCGGCAGGCUGAGUUACAGGGGGCAGAGGUAGUUGUUCCUGCCCCGCAGCAGCAGAGUGAUAUGCCGGGAAGGCAGUGUAAAGAGCAGGGAGAGGAGAACAGCGUCCUCCCUCCCCAGCGGCAGGCUGAGUUACAGGGGGCAGAGGUAGUUGUUCCUGCCCCCCAGCAGCCAAGUGAUAUGCCGGGAAGGCAGUGUGAAGUCCAGGGAGAGGAGAGCAGUGUCCUCCCUCCCCAGCGGCAGCGUGAUUUUUUGGGAAUUGGGAGCCCAGUCUCCAUUCCCCAGCGGCAGUAUGAUGUUUUGGGAAUUGGGAGCCCAGUCUCCAUUCCCCAGCGGCAGAGUGUCCUACCGGGAAUAGAGAGCCCAUUUUCUUUUCCAAGCAGCAGGACUCUGUAUUGGGAGCAGAGACAGUCGGUCUCCCUUCCCCGCAGCUGGAAGUAUGUAUGAGAGAGGAGCAUGUUACCCCAUCUCCCCAGCGGCAGCUUAAUGUACCAGGGGGAGACAGUAAGCCCCACAACUGUGCAGAUGGGACCGUAGUCUCUACACUGCCAGCACAGGGGGUAGGGACGGUCGGUUCUGCCCCCCAGCGACAGGGCUGUUUAGCCAAAGGGGAGACAGUCGGUCUCCCCCUCCAGCAGCAGAGAUGGGUAACCAAAGGGGAGACAGUCGGUCUCCAGCAGCAGAGCGGUGUAGUUAAAGGGGAGACAGUCGGUCUCCCCCUCCAACAACCAGGCUUCAACCAGGCUACCCUCCCAGUAGCGCUGGCAACAGGGCAGAGUGCCGCUGGUCUCUGCCCACGCAGCAACCCACCAAGUCAGCGUACCCGUACCCAGCACAGCCGUGGUGAGGCACCUGGACAUGGACAAGCUUCUCCUUUACCCAGGUGUAGUAACCAUUUAUUGUGGGUGGGCUGUGCUGUUGAUUAUGUUUUGUGGGUGGGCUGCUGGACUAACAAGGGCACUGACCGGCAGGAGGUCAGAUACCCUGUUAGUCUGUUUGGAAAAGGGGAGAGAUGUGACGAGACCAAUCUCGCCACAUUGCAUUGGAGAAGCCUGGUUGCUCGCCUGCUGCCUUUGGACUAUGGCCCCCUGUUAAAAGACAUCUUUUUUACCUGCAGAAAAGCUUCAUUCGUGCUUUUCUGCCUGGUGUUCGGUAGAUUUGUUUGAUGUGUUAUACCCCAGAUAGGAAUCCCAUGGAGCCCAUUCGUAUGAAACUGACUGUAAAGACUUUGGCUCCAUGGCGAUUAAACUGUAUUCGUGUGGUCUGAGCGCCAUUCGCUUAAUAAUGUGCGCUCGGACCUGAGCUAUCUGGGGAUAUGUUACAUGUCUGUGUUUUAUGUAAUAAAUGUGACUUUAUGUAUUUUAAAGUGUUUUGUGUCUUUUUGCAACCAUGUGCUUAAUGGAGUCUUGUGUCUGUCCUGGGAGAUAAUUGAAUUACUUAUCUCCAGGAUAGAAGACUCUGAAACUGGUUUGGGCCAGAAAGCCAUGCUUCAUUUAGUCACAAAGGACUUUACUAACUUUUGAACCCCUGGUCUGAUUCAGGCCAUUUUUUAAUAUGUUGUUCCCCUGAAUGGAUUGAUUGUGAAUGUGUAAUUUUAUGUGAAUGUGAUGUAUGGUUUUAGAGUUAUGAAAGUUGGGUAGAAAGUAUGUUUUAACUGUAUGUAUAAUUGAGUUUCCUCUCAGGAUAAGGGGAGGGAAUAUGUGGGAUGUAACUGUGAUGUGAUUGGUUGUUUUAUACCUCCCUGUGGGCGGUCCUGUAUUUGCAAGACUGUAAUAAAAACCAGGCUGGGUGUGCCAGGACCUCAGACCACUGCUUGACCCUCAACACAGAGCCUUGUCUCGUUCUUGGGGGGAUUCACUGUAUGCUGUUAGAGACUGAUUGCCAGGAGUGUAAGCUGCUUUUCCUGUUCGUCUGCUAGCAGCUAUUUGGGAGGUUCGAGUUUGGGAGUUUGGUGUUCUGCAGUAGCUGUGCCUGUAUCUCUGGAAAGGGGGCUGAUCGCCUAAACGGUUUUUACCCCUUGUGUGCAAAACGGUCCGUUACACUCUCCUCCAAGAGAGUGUAGCAAUAUGCUCUUAAAAGAGCAAGUGAUUAUAAUUCCAAGGGAGUACAGUGAUAUAGCAAUCCCCAGAGUGAAUAUAGCUGUCCUCUCCACACAUGAGACGAGGCUCUACGUUGAGGGUUAAGGUUAAAGGCUCUUAACAUGUAUAGCUUGGAGGAAAGACAAAACAGGGGGGAUAUGAUAGGAAUGUAUUUAAAUACAUAAGUGCAGUGGCGUUCAAACCGGGGUCGCAUGGGUCGCGGCUGCGACCGGGCCUGGCCCACCAGGGGGCCCAGCCGUCCUGCGACCCAGUAUGUAGGCCACUGUGGUCAGCCUCUUCUCCUCAGGGUUGUUUAUUGGUAGCCACAACUGGCUUUAUUUGCAAGUGCCCAUGCAAUGGGCACUCUCCCCUGGACCCUAGAUUAAACCACAGUAGAAACAAAUACACAAUUACAUUGGCUACAUAAUGAGACAAUCCCUCCCCUGUGCCUGGGAGAUAAUUGAGUCAUGGACUGUACUAACUCUAUUAUCUCAAGACAGAAAAACACACAUUUCACCAAUACCUCUAAAGUACCCCUAAAACCCAUGGAAACCCCAUAAAAGUUACAUCCUGAUAGCCCCAAUCUGGGUGACCAACAUAUCCAAAAAUCACCCAGAUCGGUUCAGUUGUUAAGGAUUUCCAUGGAAGUCAUAUUUUGACCGACCGCACGCAUGGUCCCACGUAGUCAAUACUCAUACCGUGGAGCUUUUUCACCUCAUUCAGAUGAACUAUUCUAUCGAACAGCACUCUUCGAGGAUGUAAACUACCGAACUUAAUGAAGGUCCAGCGGUGGUCGGGAGUUUCAGUGUCCGAAAACAGUUCCAUUAACUCGACAAGUGGUUACUGUAACGGACCGUUUUGCACAAAAGGGGUAAAAACCGUUUAGGCGAUCGGCCCCCUUUCCAGAGAUGCAGGCACAGCUACUGCAGAACACCAAACACACGAACCGCAAAUAAGUGAAAGCUCCAAACUCCCAAACGGCCUCCAAUAUAGCACUCCAAAUACACGAACAGGAACCAUACGAAUUGCUGCUACCAGACGAAUAGGAAAAGCAUCCAAGCGGCUUACACGCCUAGCAAUCAGUCUCUAUCAGCAUUCAGUAAAUCCCCCCAAAGACGAGACAAGGCUCCGUGUUGGUGGUCAAGCAAUGGUCUGUUUAAUGAGGGCUACCUGCCCAGUAUUUAUGCAGGUCUCCCACCUGGUGGACACUCCCAUAGGGAACCAAAUGGGAGACUGUGACAAGGGACAGACAAGCAGACAAAUAGGACACACAGUCACAGUAUAUUCCCACAAUGCAUCCUGGCUUCCUCCCCUCUGCUCUGGGAGAUAAUUGAGAAGUAAUUCAAUUAUCUCCCAAGACAAAGGCAAAUCUCCAUUAUGCACGUGGGGAUACUAAAACAAGCAUUACUGUUAAAAUACACCAGGUAAGACACAUUACAUUAAAACUAUACAUUUAACAUAUCCCCAGAUAGCUCAGGUCUGAGCGCACAUUAUUAAGUGAAUGGCGCUCAGACCACACGAAUACAGUUUAAUCGCCAUGGAGCCAAAGUCUUUAAUUCCAUGAACAGGCUCCAUGGCAGGCUAUCUGGGUACUUGCACACCGAAUACAAUUGCAGCACUAAAAGUCCCGAAUGCUCCGUUGUUCGGUUCCCGAACGGGUUUGCAGACUUCCUGCCUCAGCGGGGCUUGUAAGACAAAAGUGUCCGCUUUUGGUGUCCUGCCGCUCGGUAGAACAAGCACUGGCUACCCGGGGAGCUUUCAUAACACCGCCAUCGUGUGGCGGCUAGGUGUAACCGUGACCACCCAGUAAUUGUCAAUUAAGCUGCGGUUAACCGCAGCUUCAGGGAGGUUAAUUGCCGGCACACUCCAGCUCCCAGGUGGUCUAUUCAUUCAUUGAAUCUACCGAACAACUGGCAGAAAAGCACGAAUACAGCUUUUCUGCAGGCGAAACUAAGUCUUUUAACAUGGGGGCCAUAGUCCAAAGGCAGCAGGUGAGCAACCAGGCUUCUCCAAUGCAAUGUGGCGAGAUUGGUCUCGUCACAGUUACUUUCGCCACAAGCUCAAUUAAAAGUGUGUCAUAGAUCCAAUCUCUUUGCCACAUCUCUAUCACAAUGAGGUGUGUAGUGGAGACAUCUUUGCAAGUCUUUUCGGGACCAAACACCAUCUCACUGUCUUCACAUAGGUUUCAAGCAUGCUCAGACAAUGGAUAACCUUCUUGUAAGAUUUUAUACUUUUCACAUAAAUCAUUUAUGGUUAGGCCCUCUGAGCUUAUCCAGUUUGUUAGGUUAAGGUCUGAGAUAACUUUUUCUAAAAUUGUAACAUUAGUACCACUGCAGAUUUUAUCUGCCAAUUUUGAUAUUUUUUUUUAUCAAUUUCCAUUGAUUCAAAGUCUGUUGUAAAACCACUGGAACAUCUGGCUUAUCAAUAUGGUCCUUAGGCUCAUGCCAUAUUAGUAAAUCAAGAUUUCUUUAUUUUGCUUGCUCUGAUUCUGAUUUGUACCAGGCUUCAGUUUUAGAAUUGGUUAAUUGUAGUUUAUACAGUUGUGCUCAAAAGUUUGCAUACCCUUAGAAAAUUGGUAAUCUAUGAACCAUUUUUAAAGAAAACACGAGUAUGCAGGCAAAACACAUUUAUUUUAUUUCUUAUGGGAUUCAUAUUCAACUGCAGGUUAUAACAGAAUGGCACAAUCAUAAAACAAAACAUGGCAACAAAGAAAAAAAUGAAAUGAUCCCUGUUCAAAAGUCUGCAUACCCUUAGUUCUCAGUACUGUGUAUGGCCCCCUUUAGCAUUAAUGAAAGCAUGCAGUCUUUUGUAAUAGUUGUCUAUGAGGCCCCUAAUUCUUGCAGGUGGGGUAGCUGGUCAUUCGACUUGGCAAUAUGCCUCCUGGUCAUGCAAAGUUUUUGGUCGUCUUACAUGAACCACAUGUUUGAGAUCUCCCUAGAGUGGCUCGAUGAUAUUAAGGUCAGGAGACUGUGAUGGCCUGUCAGGAUCCUAUCCUGACAACCAAGUUAUUAUUCUGUAUAUUUCAUGCAAUACUUGUUUCUUGCCUCUAGUUGCCUCCCUAGCCACUAGUCUCCUCAGUCACCUAAGAAUCCUCACCUGCCUGGAAUAAGGAAGAGGCUUCAUAAGGCUACACCCUGCUCACACUAGGGCCUUUACAUUGCGAGAGAGAAGUUGUGCUCUGCUCCUGGUUCUUACUAAGAUUUGUUAUAAUCUGAUAAAGACCUGUACCUAACUCAACUGAAUCCUGACAUCCUGCUCCAACCUUACUUACCUGCAACCAUCUUGAUUCAUCCGAUUCAAUUACCCCUGUUUGUUUCACCGUAUACCCUGUUUCGGUGUUUAGACUGUGUAAACCCAUUCCACGAACCAUCAGGACGAUGCAUUCGUACAUACGGACGACGGACCACCCGGCUCUUGGCGUGUGCCGCCACUUAACCUUUGUCACCCCUGAAAUAACCGAACGACCGACCACCCUACGAGCGGAGUGUGCCUCUAAUUGACCACCGGAAAGCUGCAGUCUGCGGUUAACCGCUGCCUAAUUGACUGUCUCAGGGCAGCCUCGUUAGUGUGACAAUUCACCGAACUGGAACUCACGAAAGACUCCCCAACAAGGGCUGAGACAACCAUCCUCUGAGCGGGGUUCGCGCAACUGCUCAGCCGCUACUUGCUCGAUGGGCUUUAGGUCCAGGUCCCGCUCUCUAUCUGGCUACCUGAAAACAUGGCCGCCAUCUCGUGUUCGGGACAAAAGGCACCUUGUAUUGAAGAAACUGGCUAUAUCGUGAGAUCUGAGCGCUAUUCGCCUAUCUGUUGCGCUCAUAUCUGGGCCACCUAACGAAUGGUUGAAUGGAAGAUGUGGCUAUUAAAAUAUUAAAGUUAUAUAUUUUUAUACUGUUUUACAUGUUAAAAUAAAACGUGGGAUUUUGAGCGCUUGGAGAUAAUUAAAUUGUCAUAACCGUUGGAUUCAUUUAAAAUGAUACAUUGUAAUGCCAUUGGUCAACUGUUUGUAUUGUCCCUGUAUCCCAUCAGGUCCAGAGGGGGCUGUCCCUGGACCUGGGGUCUUGCAUCAAUUGUCAUGCCUGUGUGCCAUUAAACUCAGGAACCAGGACAUCCAAGCGGUCCAGCCUUCAGCUAGCUUGGAGGUAACCAUAACAAUUGGUGGCAGCGGCGGGAUAGUCCUGGAAUUCCUAGGAGAGGUACAGAGCGCUUAUGACAAGCUGAAGCGCACCAUGUUAAAGGACCUGCUAGAAAGCCGAGGUGGGAUCGCUAGCAACCGACCUAUGAGGGAGCUGAUCGCAGCGCUGACGGAACUGGAUCAAAGCCUGUUAAUGACGGAGGCUCCGAUGACUGCUAGUGACGAAAAGAACAGAAUUGUCUGGGAAAGGCUCUCCUCUUUCGGCCCAAACCCGUCUGUGGAAUUAUUUCAACAAACCAUGGCACAAGUGGACAUGGAGAUAUGAGAAGCCAGAGCACACGAGCUCAACCUGGUCACCGCCCAGCAAAGCCCCGCUACAGUGCCGACAACUACCCCUGCAGAAAUGACUGGGAAGCAGAAGUUUCCUCAUGCAGCUUUCCGAUCAUUCCUUGAGAAUGAGAUGGGGAUCGACAAAUAUCUGGCUGACUUUGAGUAGCAGUGUGCACUCCAUCAAAUACCCAGCGAGGACUGGCCCACCAUAUUAUCUGGGAAACUGUCGGGCCGCGCCCUGGAUGCAUUCCGAACACUAUCUUCCGAGGAGGUGACUCAAUAUGCCCGUGUUAAAGACACUUUGUUACAUGCAGUAACUCCAGAUACUUAUCGCAGGCAAUUCAGGAACACUAAGAAAAAGCCGAACGAUACGCAUACCGAAUGGGCUCAUAGGAUGCAGAGGGCGACCGACCACUGGAUGAAAGGAUGCCAAGCAGUAACGGGUGAGGAGGUGUUACAAUGAUUUAUUUUGGAACAUUUUUAUAACGGCUUAGAUCAACAGUGCAAGGAAUGGCUUCGUGAUCGUAGACCUACUACCCUCACAGAGGCUUCUAGGUUAGCUGAUGAACAUUGUGAUUCUCGGUUACACGAAAGCAAAAACUACCGAACAACAUCCAGACCUGACUUCAGGUCUCCAGUACCAGCAGGACCUACCAGGCACACCGGACCUCCCAGUAGCAACCCUUCAGAACGUCCACGGCCAACCUGUUUCCGGUGCAAGCAACCGGGGCAUCUCAUGGCAAAUUGCCCUCUCAACAACCACCACCAAACCCCCCGGAAUUACAGCAACCCUACGGGACCUUCCUGGCCCGCUAGAGCCCUGUGUGUUAACCAGGAGGGUCCCAUGGAGGAAUACUUGGGACCCCUCCAUGAGGCAGACCCAGUAUAUGCCGCCUUCGCCAACCGCCAACACCACAGGCAGAAGGUAUGGCUCGAGGAUCACCCCACCGAGGGGCUGCAGGAUACUGGAGCUACAAUAACCUUGGUUCAAAGCCACUUGGUGCCGGAGCACAAGCGUUCAGGACAGACUGUGGCAGUUCGAGUGGCUGGAGGUGAUGUAAACAAAAUACCUAACGCCAAGGUACAUCUUGAUUGGGGAACGGGAAAAGGGACUGUGAACGUGGGAAUCAUGGAUAAUUUGCCAGCGGAGGUGUUAUUGGGCAACGAUUUGGGACCUAUGACAUCUGCCUAUGCACCAUCCUAUACCCCCGACACCCAUCCGGUGACUACUCAAGCCCAAGCCAAGAGCCAGCAAGACCCCUCACCAGUGCGGGAGCCAAAGGUAAGACUCACUUCGACCCUGACUGCCCCAUUAGACCCCAUACCCUGGGACACCCCAACCACCUUUGAGAACGAGUCUAAAUCUGACCCGACCUUACGAAAGUACAUGGAAAAAGCCGAAUCUGGGAGCGGGGGGAUAGAUAACGAGAUGUUUAUAUGGGAGAAGGGAAAACUGUACCGUCUGACAGAGAAGAAGGGACAGCAUAGGCGACAAUUAGUAGUACCGUAUAAGUACAGACAGGAGAUAUUAAGGAUAGGACAUGAUAUUCCCUUAGCUGGCCACCUGGCUGUAUCUCGCACCCUACACCGCAUCACCCACACGUUCUUCUGGCCUGGGGUACACGCGGACAUUAGGACAUAUUGCAAUACAUGCGAUGUGUGUCAGCGGGUAGGGAGCAGAGGCGACCAUCCUAAGGCACCCCUGGUGAAUAUGCCCAAUAUAGAGGAGCCAUUCAGCCGGGUUGCUAUUGAUUUAGUAGGGCCACUGGCUACCCCUAGCCCUUUUGAGUUUCUCUAUGGAUGCAAGGUACGGGUACUCCUGAACCUGAUCUGGGAGCACAGGGAGAGGGAAACCGAGAAUGCCGGAGUCCCCAUCUUGCCAUACGUGCUGGAACUCCGGGACCGAAUGGAGCAAUUAGCCUAGUCGGUUCAGGCUAAUCUCCGGUCUGCCCAGAGGAGACCUGGGCGCCUGAGCAUGGAGCUUUGCCAUAGGGCAGAAGGUACUGGUACUCAAACCAGUCAAGGCUGACAAACUGCAGACCACCUGGCAAGGUCCUUACCAGAUUGUAGAAAAGAAGGGGGACACCACAUAUGUAAUAGCCAGCUGCCAUGACAAAACCCUGAGAAAAACCUUUCACAUUAAUAUGCUCAAGGAGUACCUGGAGAGACCAGAAGACGUGACAGCUAUCUGCCUCCCCCCACCUGAGGACCCAGACAGUUUACCUAUCCUAGACUUGCUGGAAAAGAAUCUUCACCCAGACCUAGUGGCCCAGGUCCAGAUAGGGGACCGACUGAAUGACACUGAGAGAGAGCAGGUAAAUCAGAUACUCCACGCUAAACGGGCUACAUUCUCCCAAGACCCAGGGUACACUCACCUAACUACCCACCAGGUAGAUACUCCAGGGCAUCAACCGCUGCGACAGGCUUCCUAUAGAAUCCCUGAAGCAGUUCGGGUUGGGAUGAAAAAGGAGAUUGAUGAGAUGCUCCAACUAGUGGUGAUUGAGCCGUCCGAUAGUCCAUGGGCAUCCCCGGUAGUUUUAGUGCCCAAGAAAACGGGGCUACCCGGUUUUGUGUGGACUACCGGAAGCUCAACCACAAGACACUAACGGACGCCUACCCUAUGCCCAGAGUCGACGAGCUACUUGAUCGUAUAGCCAGUGGAAACUACCUAACUACCACUGACCUCUGUAAAGGUUAUUGGCAAAUCCCCCUGGCCCAGGAGGCUAUCCCCUAGUCUGCCUUCAUUACCCCGUUCGGCUUGUACUACUUUAAGGUACCGUUCCAGCGCUUGGUGGAUAGACUCCUGAAUGGCCUGGACGAAAUAGCGAUCCACAGUGAGUCCUGGGAGGAUCCCUUAGCUCACGUAGGAAUGGUCCUGGAUCAGAUUCGGGCCGCUGGCCUGACCCUGAAGCCAGAGAAAUGCCAUUUUGGGAUGGCCGAGGUGUGGGAAGCAGCGGCCGGAGCCAGUUAAGAUAGAAGCUGUCGCCAACUGGACCACUCCCACCACCAAGACCUAGGUCCUAGCCUUUCUGGGCACUGCAGGGUACUAGCAGCGUUUCAUGUACUAGAGUACCAUAGCCAAGCCACUGACCGACCUGACUAAGAAAAACCUUCCCCCGACAGGUCCUGUGGUCUCCCCACUGUGAAGCUGCUUUUCAGGCUCUCAAAACUGCUCUUGUGAACGCUCCCGUCUUGGCUGCCCCGGGGGGCCGUCCUCAGCCAAGUAGGAGAAGAUGGAGGGGAGCACCCGAUUGCCUACAUCAGCCGAAAGCUCCUGCCACGGGAGGUCAGCUAUGCCGCAGUGGAAAAGGAGUGUUUGGCCCCGGUGUGGGCACUAAAGAAACUGACUCCCUACUUGUACGGACAAGAGUUCACACUGGUUACCGACCAUAACCCGUUGGUGUGGCUAAACCGGGUCUCUGGGGACAACGGCAGACUUUUACGUUGGAGCUUAUCGUUACAACCCUUUAACUUUACCAUCGCCUACAGACCCGGGAAACAGAAUGGCAACGCCGACGGGUUAUCCCGACAAGCAGACCUCAGUCCAGCCUAACCCACCUGUAGCGGAGCUGCAAUAUUAAAUCCCAAUAUCUCCGCUGGUACGGAAAGUAAUCCAAGGAAAGCGCAGAAAAUGAAGGCAAUAUCCCAAAUUCCCCAGUAACCGGACGAAACACAGUUCUGGGAGUCAACUGACGAUUUUAUUCACGAGCUCCAGUAUUUAUGUGGUUCCCCAUGCAAGGGGUUUCCUUAAUCACUUUACAGGGAUUGUACAGUAGGGGACUACAUGGGGAACUUAACAUAUAGAACGUUUCUCCCACCAUGCACUGCUGUACGAGAGGGAUACUCUCACUAGAAUAUCCUGUUAAGUGGAUUAUCCCUCCGUACAGCAGAACCGGCUUUUUACAUAAAAAUCCAUAACUUUUAUUUUAUUCAUGUCACUGUACCGAAUGACCGUUCGUCAGAUAGCUGGGGUCUGAGCGCACACUUCGUGAAAGUACCGCUCAGAUCCCCACACAAUCAGCCGAACGCCGCACGAAAUAUACUUUAACAUACAUUCAUCAUAAAAGCCACAAAUACAUAAGUGGGGAAAAAGUACCAAAAGACCAGCGCUCCCGAAUGGCCUGGAAGUCUAGCGGUGUUCAUGCCGUCCAGUAGCCGAUUUUAGUUCAAUCGGUUAAUGGGAGCCACAUGACCACCUGUGUGUGGGCUCCCAUUCAGUACUUUAUUUGUUUCACGAACAGUGUGGAAAGUCGCUGUUCGUGAAACUACCAUAUGAAUGCUAGCGGCUUUCGGCCGCUAGCAUACGAAUGCUCUCUAUUACAGUUAUAAGCGAAUACAUUAACAGAAUUGAACCAGCUUUUCUAGGACAACCUUUAGACAUCUAACAGCAUAAUGUGAAGUGGCUAGGUUUGCCACACCACCGGUCUGGAGAGCCUUAGUCUGCCCUGAAAAGGGGUCAGACGGUGUCUGCCAGAGUGUUCCACUAGGAGGGAGCACUGUUACGGGAGCUUUACAGACUGUUACGGAAUUACCCCUGUUUGUUUCACCAUAUACGCUGUUUCAGUAUUUAGACUGUGUAAACCCAUUCCACUAACCGUCAGGACUAUGCAUUUGUACAUACGAACGACGGACCACCCGGCUCUUGGCGUGUGCCGCCACUUAACCUGAAAUAACCGAAUGACCGACUACCCUACGAGCGGAGUGUGCCUCUUAUUGACCACCGGGAAGCUGCGGUCUGCGGUUAACCGCAGCCUAAUUGCCUGUCUCAGGGCGGCCUCGUUCGUGUGACAAUUCAUCCAACUGGAACUCACAAAAGACCACGAGGACCACCUGCAUCCUGACGUGUGGCCCCAAUUAGAACGUUGGGUCUGCGGUUAACCGCAAGUUAAGUACCCCCCUUCAUGGCGAUCCCUGUUUGGCUCACGAAGGGCUGAGAUAACCAUCCUCUGAGCGGGGUUCGCGCAACUGCUCAACCGCUACUCGCUCCAUGGGUUUUAGCUCCAGGUCCCGCUCUCUAUCUGCCUACCUGAAAACAUCUUGUUUUCAGGACAAAAGGCACGAAUGGACCUUGUAAUGAAGAAACUGGCUAUACCGUUUGUGAGAUCUGAGCGCUAUUCGCCUAUCUGUUGCACUCAGAUCUGGGCUACCUAACAGAUGGUUGAAUGGAAGAUGUGGCAAUUAAAAUAUUAAAGUUAUAUAUUUUUAUACUGUUUUACAUGUUAAAAUAAAACGUGGGAUUUUGGGUGCUUGGAGAUAAUUAAAUUGUCAUAAACGUUGGAUUCAUUAUCUCCAAGCUGGGCGGUAACAAUUUCAAAUGAUACAUUGUAAUGCCAUUGGUCAACUGUUUGUAUUGUCCCUGUAUCCCAUCAGGUCCAGAGGGGGCUGUCCCUGGACCUGGGGUCUUGCAUCAUUUGCCAUGCCUGUGUGCCAUUAAACUCAGUUCGUUUUGACCGUCAAAUCGCAGCUUUGACUCAUUUUGUGGGGAAAAGGGUAUCCCAGCUGUACCAUAGCUAGUGGGAUUGAUUUAUAGUCACAGGAUUCUCGUGGUAUGCUGAUCGGAACAGCUCUGUACUCUCUCCACAUUCGGGAACCAGGACAUCCAAGCGGUCCAGCCUUCAGCUAGCCUGGAGGUAACCGUAACAUCCCCUUUAUCUUUAUUAUUACUUUUCUCUGUUUAUCUUGUUAUUCAUAUUGUUUCCUUUAUCUGAACCAUGCCUGAAGAAUCAAAUAAACUACCUGAAGUAAACCCCGGCAUAAGUCUCCUGUCUGACCUGUGCAGAAUCAUGACAUGGCCACUCCAAAACCCUCACCUUUUUCUCCUUUAACCCCUUAAGGACACAUGACGGAAAUAUUCUGUCAUGAUUUCCUUUUAUUCCAGAAGUUUGGUCCUUAAGGGGUUAACCACUGGAGGAUCAACUUGGCUUGUGCUUAGGGUCAUUGUCAUGCUGGAAAGUCCAAGAGCGACCCAUGUGCAGCCAUCGUGCAGAAGAAGGAAAAUUGUCUGCCAGUAUUUUCUGAUAGCAUGCUGCAUUCAUCUUGCCAUCAAUUUUCACAAGAUUCCCCCAGCCUUUAGAGCUCACACACUCCCGAAACAUCAGAGAGACAUUUUAAAUUGGUGGAGUUAGAUAAGAUUAUUGGAACUUUUUUUUGCGAUCCACGAAAAAUUUAAGGAAACCUUUUAUAUCUCCAAUGCUGUAUGUUACCUGUCCUCCAAUGUGUUUCUUGUGCGAAAUAAAUUUAGGCCUUGUCCUUUAUCAUGGUAUUCUAGAAAUAUCCACUUUUGUAUGGUGAAUUUAAUCCCCGAACAUUAACAGAUAUCAAUUUAACCAUUUACGUAAAGAAGAAAAAAAGAAUUAUCCUGUUUGCGUUAUAAUUGGUCCAUACAUUCACACACCAGACACACGUACACCACAUUUAAGAAAAGCCAAAAACGUUUCUUCUGAUCUCUGGCAUCGUUUCCACGGUGCAUUCCUGAGCCUAAUAUCUAAGUACCCAAAAGAGUACCCAUAGGGAGGGGGUUACGCAGGUCUUAUUAAGUUUACCCAGGGGAAUGGUCGAGGGAAGCGCUGUGACUAGAGAUUAUAUCUAUUGAAAUUUAUAUACUUAAUUAAAUUAUUUACUUUUCAUCUACCCAUUUAUUAUUAUAUCAUUCAACAGCCCACGGGACUAAUGCAGCCCUCAUAACAAUCUAUUUGUUCUGACACAUAAAGAUUUCUAUUUAUACUAUUGGGGCCCUUUCUUGGAGCCUAGCAUUGCAUAGUAUCUCUCCCUCUGUACCCCAAAUACGGUGUGGGCUGUGUGUGGUGUGCAGGCUGAUUGUGUGUGUGUGGGCUGGCUGUGUGUACCCCUUAUUCUGGUGUAUAGGCUGUGUGUGCUUACCGUGUGUGAUGUGUGCUGACCAUGUGUGGGCUGUCUGUGUGUAGGAUAGCUGUGUGGUGUGUGUGCUGACUUUGUGUUCUGGCUGUGUGUGGUGUGUGUGCUGACUAUGUGUGGGCUGUUUGUGAUGUGUGUGCUGGCUGUGUGUUGUGUGUGUGGGCUGGCUGUGUGUGGUGUGUGUGGGCUGGCUGUGUGGUGUGUGUGGGCUGGCUGUGUGUGGUGUGUGUAGGCUGGCUGUGUGGUGUGUGUGUGCUGGCUGUGUGUUGUGUGUGGGGACUGGCUGUGUGUUGUGUGUGUGGGCUGGCUGUGUGUGGUGUGUGUGGGCUGGCUGGCUGUGUGUGUGUGUGGGCUGUGUGUGUGGUGUGUGGGGGCUGGCUGUGUGUGGUGUGUGUGAGCUGGCUGUGUGGUGUGUGUGGGCUGGCUGUGUGUGGUGUGUGUGGGCUGGCUGUGUGGUUUUACCCUUUUCCUGUUUACGUUUUUGAUUCCUGUUAGUCCAGUGGUGGCGCUUGCACCUCCAGUCCACGUAAUCUCUCUUUCUGGUCCUGGUGCUCAGCGAUAAGUCAGAGCGAAGGCUGGGGAUUCUGGUGGCCACUCUCUGAGUUAUUAGUGAAAGCUGAGCGGCCCUAGCCCCUCUCUCAGGCCCCCAUGUACUGACCCUAGUGCUUGCCUGUGGCAUGGCUAAAGGAAAAUAACAAAACACUUGCCCAGUGUCUAGAUAUGUGUCCUGGAAGUCAGAUGGUAAGAAUUCUACGCCCAACACAGACUAUGAAAUGUAUUAUGUUUUAUUGAUUCAAUCUUCUUCCUCUUUCAGUGUGCGUUUAGCCACGGUGGGCAUUUAUUCGCUGCAGUGAAUGGCAAUGUCAUCCACAUUUACUCCACAACAACAUUUGAAAAUGUCUUGAAUCUGGAAGGCCACAGUGGGAAGGUAAAUGGUAUCUUGGCUUUACUGCCCCAGUUUGCAUCUUGUACCACCAAUUCUGUUACUGCCCCACUUUGCCUCCUGUACCCCUUAUUCAUUGUGUUACUAUCCCAAUUUGCCUCCUGUGCCCCUCAUUCUGUGUUACUGCCCCAGUUUGCCUCUUUUACCCCUCAUUCUGUGUGUUACUGCCCCGGUUUGCCUCCUGUACCCCUAAUUCUGUGUGUUACUUCCUCAGUUUGCCUCUUUUACCCCUCAUUCCGUGUGUUACUGCCCCAGUUUGCCUCUUCUACCCCUCAUUCUGUGUGUUACUGCCCCAGUUUGCCUCCUGUACCCCUCAUUCUGUGUUACUGCCCCAGUUUGCCUAUUACACCCCUCAUUCUGGGUGCUCUGCCCCAGUUUGCCUCUUGCACCCCUCAUUCUGUGCUGUUCUGUGAAUGA